UGGGUACAUAACUCCAUGGUGAUGCAGUGAGCCUGUUGUGUGGAUUGGAAACCAAAGUAAAGUACACGGGGGAGGGUCGGCAACGGGGGGGCUUUCAGCGAGUUACAAUGCGUCUUUCACGGUGUUGAACAGUCUUCGGUGAACGAUGAACCAACUUCGUCGGUCGUCUCGAAGCGGAAUGAGCCACUCCUGAGCCCCGAAAACGAGUCCUUGCAGGCGGGGGAGAGCGAGAAUGAAGAAGCCGAGCGCCGUGCUCCCUGUUGUCGGCUUGACUGGGAAAUGGUAGCGUACUGCAGGGACCGUACUGGGAAGGAACAUGGUCGAGAGGAGCAGCAAAUUUUUGUUGAUCGUCGUCGGAUCCGUGUGUUUCAUGCUGAUUCUCUAUCAGUACGUGGCUCCCGGGGUGAUCAAUUUCGGCUCCCCGCACGGUUAUUUCACGGAGGAGGACGAGGGGGACAUCUUCCCCACUCCGGACCCCCACUACGUUAAGAAAUACUACUUCCCCGUAAGGGACCUGGAGAGGACGAUUGAUUUCCAAAUCAAAGGCGAGGACGUGAUCGUGUUUUUGCACAUCCAGAAGACCGGGGGAACUACCUUCGGCAGGCACCUGGUCCAGAAUGUCCGUCUGGAGGUCCCGUGCGACUGCAGACCGGGCCAGAAGAAGUGUACCUGCUACCGGCCGAACCGCAAGGAGACCUGGCUCUUCUCCCGGUUCUCCACCGGCUGGAGCUGCGGCUUGCACGCCGACUGGACCGAGCUCACCAACUGCGUGCCGGGAGUCCUCAACAAGAAGGAGAACAAGCAGAAAAACCUGAGGUAAAACUGGGACACGUUUGCAAAGAAAGGUGUAGAUUCUAACCUGUAGCAGCCCCCCCACCCUCAAAACAAUCCGACCCCCUCUUUGACUUUCUUUUCAGGGUUUUAUCAGGUAAACUUUUUAACAGGAUUAGCGGGUUGUUUUUUGGUGGUGUUAGUUGAGGAUUACAGCAAUGCCACAGUUGGAAAAAAAAACCCAAACAGAAGGUACAUUGAGGUCACUGUAAACUCACAAAGCAGCCAAAUGUGAUUUAUUUUUGUUGCUUUAAUGAGAAUGACCAAAUUAUGGGUGCUUUGCUGCUUCUUGUCUGGUUUACAAAACAUCCAUUAAUGCAGGACUAUUUCUCUGGAGAGGCAAUUAUUUGAGUCUAAUGGUUAAUUUUAAGGCAUUUCUGCGCACAGCAUAUCAAAUAUUUACACAAGUAAGCAGCUCCCAUUGCUCACAGUGAUACUAAAGAAGAUACCGCACAUCUGUAGACACCACAGUGAGGUUAUGUGCAAAUAACUGACUGCACCGCAAACACAGUGAAGUUACCACAAGGUAUGCAUGCUUGUAAUGGGUUGCUGUGUUGUCUUAUAUCAAAGGUCCUUCUCCUCGCUGGGUGGGAGAGUGUUUCGGUUCAGAAUAAACAGAAACAAAAACAGUGAAUUCAGAGAGACAAAUGCUGAUGGACGUUUCAACAGUGCGAGUUCAGCAGCGACUCAGACAAUUGUUGAUAGGAGCGGAUAUCAGGGGUGCCCUCCCACUGAAUCAUUCGCUGAGAUUUGGGCUGAAUUUAUUUCAGGCACGGGUUUGUAAUACAUGGAGGCAACAUUUCCACUCAGUAAUAAUCCCUCACAUUGACUGUGAGGUAUCCAGACACGAUGCGCAUCCUUAUUAAGUUAUAACCCAUUUCUCCAGCGUGCCUCCCCAUUGUUGUUUUCAGCAUAUUGCAUCCCUCACACAGACAUAUUGACGGCUGUAUUAGCUUCCAUUUCACUGCACCCCUGUGGUUAAAGGCUAUGCUUGUUGAAUGGGUUAUGUGUCUUUGUAUUGCUUGAGAUUGCUCAGUGUUUUAUUUUGUUUUUUGGAUGAUCGAUAGGACAAUAGGGGGUGAGGAAGAAAAAUCCAUAAGAUUUCAAAGAGAAGAAGAGUUUUUCGCCUCUCUGCUUUUUCUGUCUGGAUGUCAGGCCGGCUGCUCUGCUUCCCAUGCCUUCUUCAGAAUGGGAAUCAGAGCUAUAGGCUGGGCAGGGCAGGGCCGGGCUGUGUCGGUAAAGCAGGGGGGAAAGAGGGGGGACCCUGCGGGGGUUUGGCUCCGCUCUAAUCCGGGUGAUUAUUACCGCUGGGACACACACACAUACACACACACUAGCGUUGGUAUUUGCUGCUGGCGUCAGUCCUGACUCCUGCGGUUUCCCCCCUGGUCAGAGGUGAUAACGUGUCCGGGCCUUAUUUUUUGCAUGGCGAGCUGAGAUAUCACAGUGGAUGCAGGAUGAACAGCCUUUCAUCACUUUGUGAGCGCUGUUACAAAGCCGGGUGUGUGUGUUUUUGUGUGUGUUUGUGUGCACCUGAAGAGGCCAAGGGAACAGACGGAGACAGGAAAGCAGAGAGGAAGAUCCCUCCCUCCUUCCCUUGGUGUAAUCAACUAUCCUAUCAGUCCUGACAGGAGAAACAAGGGACCUUAAGCUUAAUAGCAGCCUGAAGAAAAACAGCACUGCUCCAUAUUACACACGGGGACAAGAACUGCUACGAUGAGCUGCUGAAGAACAACUCGAGGCAAACUCUGUCCUUCUAUUUGUAUUUCACUCCCCUUUUCUCGUGCACGUUUAAAACCUUGUGCCCUUUAAUAUUUAUCAAGUCUCACUGUGGUAACACUUGUUCGGGGGCCAUUUGUCCAGAGGGCAGUAGCAGUGUGGCGAGGAGGCCGGAGAAAGUGUGAAAAAGAUCAUCUGUGUUUACAGAACGGUGUCGGUGAAGGAUUUUCUUGGCGCGGCGUCGCACGCAGAGCUUUCAGGUCAGCUGUGUGUGUAUUGUCAGUGUGGUGGAGGUAAACAGUCUGCAGCUCUCGCCGGUGGUCUGACAGUUAUAGGGUUGUUUUUUUUCUACUUGUGUGAUAUACCACAUACCUGCCCGCGCUGUGGAGGAAGUGCUUCAGAGCUGAGAGUAAACUUGGAGAAACAGGAAAGAGGGUGAGAAUAUAGAGAAAACUUUGACUUCACAGCAGCAGCAGGGCUAAGGUCGAGCUCGAGCAUCUCUCUGCAGCUGUGUUCUCCACCAGCUGUCAGGUUGAUUUUACGCACACAUUUCAAAGGCUGCAAAAAUAAAAUGUGAAUUAGGACCAUUUCCACCAGCUUGAUUUAGGAUAGAAUACACAUCUUUAUAAAUACAGCUCAUGAGUGUUACAAAACAAACCCCAGGAACAGACAGAAAGCACACAAUGGAUUUUUUUCAAGGUGAAAACUUAAAAUUUAUCGACUAGUUUAUCUCCACUGAAGCAAAUGAUCAUUUGAAAAUUGACAAUUUAUGCAAGAAAAAGGUCAGAAAAAUUCUGGUUAGUGAGCCCCACAGGUCGAAACCCUUUAUAACAUUUCUAAUUUAUGUCAAAUUAAAUGACUCAACACACUGCAAAGCUCAACUCAACUCGCAGACUUUCUAUUUGUCAUAUCUCAUCAAAACCAUCUCAUUGGACUCAAACUGAUCUGCUUUCUCGACAAGUCUAGAUAACCAUCCCAGAACAGGAUGUUACAAGCAGAAUGUGAGUCCUUUUUUUUAACUUGAUAUAAGUUCAAAUAUCUUCCAAUGCAGAUAGCAUGAUUUACCUUUAAAGCUCCUGUGAGGAUAGUGUCUUAUUUCAAGAAACUUAAAGCUCCUGUGAGGAAUUUUACAAAAGCAAACAACACCCUCAGUGACAAGAGUGACAAGAUUUAUUUUGACUUUUUUAACACCUGAAACUAGUAUAAGGGGGUAAGUGUCAGAGUCAAUCCUGUUUGUACCCAAAACAUGUUUAAAAAUUAAUACAUUUGACUGUGAAAUGUCCACAGGAUAAGCUUUUUAACUUAAAUUUGCCGAUGACUAUAUAAGGUAAGAAUGCUAUGUCUACAGGGGAAACAAAUGGUCAGAAACCAAAAUUCCCUUACAGGAGCUUUAACAAGUAAAUCUUAGUUUUACAAUCUAAGUCUUAUUAUUUGCUUGCAAUAUCAUGAAAAAAGGAUGAUGGUUCAGAAGAAAACUUGUGAAAGUUCUGGCUUCACUUUGCAUGGAUGUUGUUCCGUCAUGUCCAUGCUUAUGUUAAAGCUCCUGUGUGGAUUUUUUUGAAAUAGACUAAAAUUCAAACUUAAAUGAUAUACCAAAAACAAUAAAUAUACUUAAAAAAAUAUAUACCUAAAGGGAUAAGGGUGACAAUUUAUAUAAAGAAAUUCUUUUGCUGCAGGGGGCGCCAAAAUUGGCACAAAGAGAAAAUUCCUUACAGGAGCUUUAAGUCUGAUGAGGUAGUAAGAGAAAGAGUUGAGUUUCCACAGUAUGUUUCUCACUGAUUAAGAUUUGAAGAUGAACCUAUUCAUCACUUGGCUUAUGAUCUGUGCUUAAUGCAGUGCAUUCAUUGUGAGCAUGAUCCAAGUCCAUCAGAGAGACAGCUUGUCUGACUUUUAUGCAAGUUACAUUAAAAUAACAAUCCCCAAAUGUCCACUGCUGAACUGUAAUCGACGCUCUAACCUUUUCUGAGUCUCACUUUCACGGCUGCGUUAUUUAUUGAUUCUACAGAUGGCUCUUUAUAACCCUGAGCCGUAAAGAGAAAGUGUCGACUUCAAGAGAGCAUAAAAAGUUUCUGGAGACAUUCAAGAAAUUGGAUUGAACGCGGCGCUUUCUCAUAUCCACUAUAUCAUAAAUUGCGAGCGAGAGGGGAAAAAAAAUGCUACGAUGGAUUAGGCUUAGUUUGGUCUGGUGACAAAUGUGUCAGCUUUAGAGGAAGGCGCAUUAAGUAGCGGCAUAGAGAUGAAUGGGCGGCGGUAGGAGAGACAGGUCGCACUUUGAUCGGUGAUGAGAUGAGAUGGAGAUGAACAGUGGCAUUGUGGGAGGGAAAAAAAGAACUCCCAUACUCAGCAGUGCACCGCUCAGAGUGGAUUUGUCAUUUCCCACCUCUUAUAUCAGUUUUAAUGUUCCUCACUUAUCCCAGGGGACACACAAAUACAAACACACAUAGAUAGACACACACACACUAAUGAGUUCAUGAGAAAAAUAGACACACACCGGCAUGCAGGGCCUUAGAUAUGGAGCUUCUAAUUGGUUAAGGAGGUUCCUAUCACUUUACCCAAAUUAGAGGCGCACUUUCAGAUGGGGGAUACCAUCUGUCCCGUGCAUGUAAGUGCGCGCACGUCUCUCCCAUGUGUGUGUGAGUGUGCCUGGUUUUAAUCCUAGUAGUGUGUCAUCGAGCGUCUUAGCAAGCAAAGUGAUGGGGCUAAUUUUACUGCCUCUAUCUCAGCCCUCUCAAAUCACUGCCUGUUUUCUCUCUCCGUCUCUUUACACUCCCGCCUCCUCUUCAUCCCCUCUGCUCGCCUCUCAAACACUUUCCCUCCAAUCCCUCCUUUCUUCCCCCCCUUCCUUCCUUCGCUCCAUGAUGGUGUCACUCUCUAAUCAAACAGCAGGCUUGCUUUCCGCUUGGUGGCUUUAUGGCCGGGGGGCUCUCUCCCUCUCUCCUCUCUCUCUCUUUUACCAUCUUCCUCCUUCACUUUGCUCUCUCCCGCCUCCUCUCUCUCCAUCUCUGCCCCCUCAUCUUCCUUUCUCCUCUUUGCCAUCUUUCUCUCCCUCUCCCUCUGAGCGUGACUACCGCAUUAGAGGAAAUGUCUUUUCAUGGAAGAUUUGCUGCAAUUUCCAAAAUGGCUGCUUUGCCUAAUGGACAACUGCCUUGGUUCUAAUGAAUGAUUACAUGUAUGAGUAUGUGGGGGAGCAAGGACAGCGGGGGGGCGAGAGGAGAGAGGGACGGAGGAAGAGAUGGAGAGUAAUAUGAGGAAGAGUAUGGAAAAGGUGGAGAGCUGUCAGAGAGUGAUUGAAGAGAUAAAAGAUGGAGGGGUGAAAACAUUUAGUUACAUUGCUGGGGAGGGGGCUAGUCAAUUAGCACGGUUGUCAAGCAGUGGGCUUUACGCUUCUUUCAAUGGGUCUGUUUCAGAUUCACAGCACAAAUCACUGCCCUCUAAAAUGGCUCAGGGUUCGUGCGAGUGUGUGUGUGGCGUGAGAGCGAAGGCGCGUGCGUGUGGUCACCCAGCAUGGUGCCAUCAGCCGGCCCAGUCAGCCAGCACAACCCGGAAUCCAGAUGAACUCCAGGGAGCUGCAGAGGCAGCCCUGUCUGAUUGGCAUAUAGAACCAAUCUGAACGUGUCUGCGUGUAUGUGUGUGUAUGUGCGUGUGCGCGCGUUCACGCAAAGCCAGGCAGGUUGGUGUUAAUCCAAUCAGAUUAGGCAGGUUUAAGCGCUGGCGGCCAGGCGCUCUAAAGCCGGUUAUGUCCGCUCAUCCCGCGACUGCAAAUGUUCCAGCAUUCCCGACCAGCAUUCCCACAUCUCUCCAGUCGGUGUUUCCCUGCCUGCUUACUGGGCUCAAAUUGCCUUCAAGUAUGAUGGGGCAAGCCAGCUUGUCUUGAUAGAAACCAGGGUCUUGGUGGGAUUACCGGUGGCGGUUUAUACAGCUGCGGCUGAUUUAUGGUAAAUCAAGUGUGAGGGGGGAAAUGGGCAAACACACCAAGUUAAUUUAGUGUUGAUACAUGAGCAAACGCCUCAGGGGAAAUGUGGGUAGAUUAAUGCACUGUCCAUUUAAAAGUUGAAAUACUCAGAUUAUGGGUGCAACAGGUUCUUCACAAACAUUACGACAACUUUCUUUAGGUAGGGACGGCAACAAAUCUUAGGAAUGUGUGUUUAGUGGAGCAAAUGCUCAAACAUAGUGACCACCAUCACACUAAACUGGCACCAAGAUUAGUGUCACAUCUCCUGAUUAGUUAAGUUGUUUUUUUUUCAUCCCUCAUGUUUCUUGUCUUGUGUUUCCUAUUUUGAUACUCACCCUUGUCUCUUGUUUCAGGUCCAUUGACUUCCUCCUCCCUGUGUUACCCACUCCCCUGAUUACCCUACCCUGAUGUGUCUCACCUGUGUCUCGUUAACUCCACUGCCCUGGUGUAUUUAAACCCAGCUUUCCCUCCCCUCUGUGCCAAUUCGUCUUGUCCUAAAGUGUCAGAGUUCAAGCAUAAAUUUCUAGUGUUUGUCUCACUCAGUGUGUUUACAUGCAAAGCUUAAUCAGACUUAGCUCUCGUUUGUUUUUUCGCCAAAUCGGACCUCUCUCCUUGUCCGCGAAAAAGAUUGAAAUGUUGAUGUGAAUGUGUCCUCCCCAAAACUAGGGGGUGAUAUGAGUCUUUUCAGCGGCGCUGUUUCCGGACCUUUUUUAGAGAAGUCUCUGUUCCUCGUUUUGCGACCAUCCGUAUACUUGAAAAUGUCCAUUUCUUUCAGGAGGGAAAGCAUAACAGCACUCCCCUCGUCGUUUCAAAUGUGGACAUUCUUUCAUGCUUCAGACAUGUUGCAGUUGCUUCUUAGUCGAAAGUUCUUUAAAUGAUAGCGCCAUUUCUUCUCUGGUGUUUUUGUUCUGGGGUUAAGGGGGCGUGGUGCACUUGCACAUGCAUUGUCCGAUUAUACUCCGAGUAUUCAUGGUAAAGAAAACCGAAUUCCAAUCGCAUUAUCUGGGUGUCUUAAUCAGAGUUCUCGGAUUCCAAACGAAGUUCUCAAACUUCGAUUAUAGUCGGACUAAGGUGUCAUGUAAACGUACUGAGUGUUUUGACCUCUUCUUAGUUGUUUUUAGCCUCUUGCCUGUCGAUUUGGAUACCUCUGCCUUGCUUUGUUGGAUCCUGUGGAAUAAAUGUACUUUGAUUUUGCCCGCAUGUGAGUCUGCAUCUGGGUCUUCUUUUGGUUCAGUGUUACAAUUAGUCCCUGAAUUUCCACUUUCACAUUAAGGAAAGAAGUAGAUUUUAGGAAUCAUCCAUUUUGUUUCCAUGUAUAGGAAUACAGUGGUUGUCCCACUAAACAAGCACCAGGAGAGAGCCAUUACAGGUGGCGAGAUUUUUGUCCCUAGGAUGACAUAGGAAAUCCACGCCCCCAAACCAUUUGAUUGGUUCCUAAGCAGUCUCUCACUUCUACCUCAAAUGCGCCCCUCUCCUACAUCGCUGCCACUAACCCUUACCCCAACCCUAACCCCUAAUUAGCUUACAGGUGGCGGUAUGCUCCCCUUCAGCUCUCCCCGUUGACCUGGUAUGUCACGCGCCAAAACAAUCUACAAACAAGUUAGCAAAUGGCUACUUAGUUGAAUGUUGAACAGUGAAAAUUGAGAUGCAAGAGAAAGUUGAUAAAAUUGCUUGAUAUCAACCUAUUUUGUAUAUCUUAUUCAAAGCAGAAAGCAUUGUAAUUAAUGGCGUAAAACUUCCCCCUUUAAAGCUUUUUAAUCAUUAGGUAGCUUCUUAAAUUUCUAGUCCUUGAAGGAAUUACAGCCACAGGUGGGAAACUUAAUGAUGUUCAUUAAUCAAGCAGAUAAAAAAUUAAAAGGGGAUAAUUUUAAAUAAAUAGAAAACCAUAGGCUAUUUGAAUAAUAGUGGUCUUAAUGCUCAGGGGCAUAUUUUAGUAGAAUUUAUAACAGCAGGAUCAUGUCUCAACAAAGCAGCUCAUUUGGUCCCUGAUGCUUUAGGAAUAAAUAUCUCAACAAAAACUCUAUAAAUGCUGUUAAUUGUUCCAUAAAUCAAAACUGCUCACUCAAACAAUGUCUGAGCUCAAUCAGCUUACAAAAAAACAGAUAAUGCGCUCAAGAAAGUGGACUGGGCUUCAUGCUCUGCCCUUCACAGUGUGCUCAAAGGGUGGCCGACUCACCCUCGAUCUCACACAUAAAAAAGGGUGAGAUAUGGCCCCCAUGUGUUUUCUCUCCCAGCAGUCGCUUGAAGCAAGUGUUGACAGGCCUCUCUUAGCUACAUCGCUGCUUCUCCUCUACAACUAGAGUUCAACUCAGGUUCAGCCUCGGGUCACGGCAAUGUUCAACGCAGCCUCACCAUUCAAAGGGGAGAGACUAUAGCUCAGUAGGAUAUAUGGUACCUCUGUAGGGCCCCUUGUUAUACACACACAUACCGGGCUUUACUUUGACUUGAUUGUGAAUACUGUCUGUGGUGGAGCGGACACAUUAGGGUCAGUGAAACCGAACCACUGUAACUGAUGGGAGAUAUGCAGGUAUUCUUAAAGGGAUAUUCCGGUGUAAAAUGACCGCACGAUAGCAAUACACAGCGAUCUCAGGAGUCACAUGCAAACCUCAUCCAAACGCCACUCUAAAGCCACAAAUAAUGCUCAGAAUAGCACCUAACCUCAUCAACAGAACAUAUAGGGUCUUAGCCACCGAACAUCUUUUUAGCUUUGCCUAAUUUUUUUAGCAAAGAGACUAAACCGAACUCACCUACUCUCUUCCAGCAGCCACUUGUUUGUAGUGUUUCUAACCUGGUGUUACGGUGUGUUUGACCCUGAAUUAAUUUUACACUGGAAUAUCCCUUUAAAGAAGAUCACAGUGUCAACAGUAAGUGUAAACCAUCCCGUUCGGGUCAAGUUAAGUUAAGACUGUUUCCUCCAUUGAUUUCGGCCCAGCUGUUUCACCUCACUGCACUCUAAAGACAGGACAAGGAGAAGGAUCCGCUCGAACGCUGAUGCCUGUCUGCAUCGGCGCUCUGCGAGGCCCGGAAGCCUUCAUUAUUGAUUAGCCGUUAUAGAUCGGAGGGGGGUUUUUCCAUUGAUUGAUUAAACUUGAAUGACGCAGACACGUAGCAGAGUCUCUUCAGAGCGAUCCAGCUCGACAAAGAGGCCACCGAGGAGGAGAGAGAGAGAGGAGAGCAAGACUGAUGUGUUUCUUAAUCAUUACACAGCCUCUGUGACUCUGCGUGUCACUCUGUCUCUUCCACCCUAUGCCUCCGACUGUCAAAUGUCGCCCCCCCCCUCCACCCUCAUCCCCUCUCAAACCACCACCAGAGUGAUUCUGCAGCCCUGUGGACAAAUAACCGUGCUGAGAAUGAUUAGCAGACGUUUCUAUGGCUGGUAAUGAGGGGCGCUACGCUGCAGCAGACCCACCAACAGGAUUACUGCCUAUUGAUUAGCCUAGCUUAGCAUUAGCCCUGCUAGCUAGAAAGGAGGGAGACUGAUUAGUGGGCAUUUCCACAGUGGUUAAUGAACAGUACUGAGGAAUGCUAUGCUAUGCUAUCCAUGAGAAUGGGAUUACAGGCUAUUAAUCAGACAAGAGGCUAGCUGGAGUCAUUAGCCGGCCCCUCGGCAAAGUCACCGCGUCUGAGCCUGAUCCCAGUCCUGGUUUAUAAAUCCAGCUUGGUCUCAUCUCUUUGCAUAUCAACCCUGAGUGUGUGUGUGUAUAUGUGUGUCUUUUUACACCCACACUCCAGGGUGGCCUAUUCUUUGAUGGCUCUGCUCCUUCCUUCCCUUCUUCAGAAAGACAAAAGAGAGAAAGAAAGAGAGAGAGAGAGACAUCCCCGUGGACGGCUCCCUGCAUCCAUUAACAGCCCUGUCUCCUCAUGUCCCUAAAUGUGACGAGUCCAGACAGGAUGUGGCCCCCGCAGCCUCUCCUCAUCUCUCAGUCUGAGUGCGGCGUAAACAAACAAAUAAAUGCAUCAAUUUUCUACAUGCCUGUGUUUUAUGAUUAAAUGCAUCUAUUCAUGAGGCUGAUAAGUGUCCGCGUGUGUACGUGUGUGUGCGUAAAAGCGAAGGAUGGUUAAAGGAGGCAUGUGAACGCAGAGCAGAGGCUGACAGGCGUGUUAAUUGAAUUGUGGGAAAAAUGCAAAUCCCAUACUGCCUCAUUGAAUCAAUGGGCGGAGCUUCAACUGAUUGGGACUGUCUCAGACACAGCAGGCUAACUUUUACCAAACCCCCCCACCCAAAACAGAAUGAAUGAUAGUGUUGUGUCUGCAGCCUUUCCCAUCAUCCCCCUUUAAUUUUCUGCAUCUUGGUACUUCUCGGGGCUCUUUUGUGCACACAUGUGUGCGUACCCGCCAGAAAAGUGCUGAUGCCAUUCAUAGAAAGACAGAAAGAGCAGAGAUUCCUCGUUCAGCUGCACUUAGUUCGUGUGCGUCGCUCUAGGGUAGAGCUGUGGAUCACCAGAGUUGCUCCUUUUUGAAGCCGCACACAUUCCCUGAGUAUGAGUGUAUAUAUAUGUGUGUGUAUGUGUUUGUGUGUGUGUGCACUUGAGUGUGAGUGCCCUGCCUUCAUUUGUGCAUUGAAGCAGGGGUUGCAUGUGUCCAGUGACUUGCCGUGUGAAAGUGUGGCCUGUGUGCUCUGUGUUCACAGGUCUGUAUGGUGAUUUGAUGCGUGUGUGUCUGAGUGUGUGUGUGUGUCAGUGUGUGUGUGUGUGUGUGUUUGGUAAACCACAGAUGAAAAGUGCCACUGUUACUUACAUUGCUCUUCAGUCUUCCUCCUCCCUGCGGCUGCAGAUGUCAGGAAAAUAUAUAAUGUUGUUUUUCCCGUUCUUUGACUAAAAAUCAGACUAUUUCCUCUCAUUAAAUCAAUGCAUUGAUUUUAAUUGAUUGAGAUAAAGAAGAAAGUUAAACAUAAUCACAUACAUUUUCAUAUAAAUGCGGCAGCUUGUUGCUUUGUAACAUUAUUUUUGCACACUUAUCUCACUAUCUUUUAUUACAUCUCCUGAAGAGAAGCAACAGUAAGAGCCAGUAAUUGGAAUUUGAGAUAAGAACAUUUAAUCUGGUUCAUUUACACUUGAAAAGUUGUCAGCAUAAACAGACUGAAUUUGAUUUGAUGAUGAGAUCAGAGCUUUUGAGAUGCUUUUGUCUUUAUUAAAACUGGAAAUAAAGUCAUUUGGUGAUAAAAAACUGAGAGGCUGAGAAACUGUACACUCAGCAUCUACUCUAAUGUGGAGCUGACGAUGUUGAAAGACAUUGUUUGUGGGGCUUUUAUUCUGAAAUUUGACUUUUAGGCUUUAGUAAUCUUAGUACAUCAGUUGUCAAAGUUGCGGUCCUUGUUUAGGAGUGACACUACAGCUAGCUCGCUACUGUUGCAUUGCUUCUUCUUCCACGUCUUCUUUUUCUUCUUCUUAGUAUUUCUACUUUUUAUGGAAGAUGGCAACUGACAUCUACUAACUCACCCUUCUUAGGUUUGAUACUUUAGAAAACAACAACGCUGACAACAGAGGCAGACAAGUUAAAGUCGCCUUGAGUUACCUCCGGAGUUAGAAGUAGGAGCUAAAAGUGAAGUUACACACGAGUUACCAGCGUUUCAGUUACCUAGUCGGAAAAAAGCAAAAUCGGAGGUGAAAACAAGAUGGCUACACAGGCCUGGGCGAUUUGGAAAAAAAUAAAGGUCACAAUAUAUUUUUUUAUACUGUCCGAUCUCGAUUAUUAUCACGGUUUGUUUUCAAACUGCCAGUUUUAAACUAUAUGUACUAAAAACUGAAGAAAGAUUAGUUCAACGUUUUAUUUAACAGACACCGACAUACCUUACGCAUCAGAGUAAUUUCUCGAUGUCACUUUGGAGAUACACCAACUGCCACACAACAAACGUUAAAUAAUUUUCGUUCUCAACAAUAACACCUUCGGAGGAUGACUCAAAGUCACGGCUGACAUCUAUCUUGCUGCCUUCAGCUCCGCGUUAAGCUUCCCAUUCGGUCAUUCUGUUUACUUCUCCGGUUACUUACAGAAGUGAGCAGGAUCGACUCUGAUUGGCUGUUGUGACGCACAUUUCCGCCAUGUUGGAUUGAGUAAAUAUGCUCAUAGCUGAUCACUGUGAUUGAACUGAACUUAAUCACGAUCAUAUAAUCGCCCAGUCCUAUAGCUACAUCUACGUAAGUUAUUUUAGCGCUUGACUUGUCCAAAUAUAAGGCAAUAACUUUUGUAGAUGUAGCCAUCUUGUUUCAGGCCUCUGAUUUGACUUCAUUUUCAGCUCGGACUUCUGACUCCCAAGGUAACUCGAACGCCGCAUUAUACUUCCGUUUGUUGUAGUUGUCUUAAAGAAACAUCCACAUAUGUAGUCCUCAGACCCUCUUCGUUCAGGGAGACCAUCUCUAGCAUAACACCUCAGUACACAAAGAUCAUGUUAACCAAGCAGCUGCACAGUGACUUUAAAUGUCAUGUUUAAAUGUCAUUUCAAAGAGCUGAUGACAACCUACCUCACACGACCAAAUUUGCAGCAGGCCCGUGUCUUUAACAAGCGAAAAAUAACCGCCUGCAAGUUUUUUUAUGAAACAUUUACUUCGUCUUGUUCAGAUGAAUAAUGUAAUGAAUGCGUGACCUCUUUUGUACGCGACAGAUCUGGUCAGAGAAGAGUUAAAAGCUAAGUCUCCUCACCUGGAAAUCCUAACACGGUUCUUUUUAUGAGCCGAACUUAACAUUUGAAAGUAGGACAAGCCUCUCCUGUAACAGCAGUGAGGAGCAAAUGAGAGAGAGCCAGGGAGUGUCGCCCUGCUGAAUAAAGGUCAUUGUUAAAGCUAAUCCAGUUAUACUAUUCUUAGAGUCUCUUCACCUCCUUGUCUGCCUCCUCCUCCUCCUCUUCCUCGCCCCACACAGCGCUGUGGAUCUGGGCCGCGAUUAUGUAGGUUUCACCUCUUUGUCUCUCUGUACUUUAAUUUCCCCCCUCCGCCACCUCUGGUUCCCUUUUCUUUGCCUCCUGCUUCUCUCUUCGGCUCUGUCAAAAAAAGUUCCUCCUCUUCAUCCUACCCGCCACCAGCGCGUCGUUUUGGCUUCCCAGCGCGUGUCAGCAUCCUCCAGGGAGAGGAAGUGAUGUGUCAGGAAGUGCUUUUAUCCGCCAGUGAUCUGAUCCGAUGUGAGAUUGAGAUAAACACGGGAGGAGUGUAGUCUUCUUUCUCUCUCUCUCUCUUUUUCGUUCUCUCUCUGGGGAAGUGUACUAUAGAGAAGCCCUCUUUUUUUAGCCUCUGAUGCUUUUUCUACCUGGUGUGCACAGACAGAAAAGCGAUGGUCUUGGGGUGAUUGCCAAAUAACAACGGGAAUACUAGAGAGCUGUUUUUUCCGUACCUGCUCAGCCCCCUUUGACUUGUGUAAAAAUCUGCUGCGAAACCUGAUAAGAGUUUAGGAAGUAGUCUUGUAACGCUGAAGUCACCAGUUUGAUCCUUCAUCUUCUUUCAAAUGACUGCCGACAGCCUUCUGGUGCCUGUCAACGUGUCUCGGAGAGAAACUAAACCUCCACCGGCUCCCAUUUUUCACACUUUAUGUUCCUCCGUCAGAGAGGGGCGAAAGAAUCUAUUACAUCAUUUUCAGGAUUUAUAAGGCAUGCAAAAGCACAAUGUUGUCACAUUUGGAAGACGACACGGAAAGUGGUACAAAAUACAUCAAUAUUUGAGAUUUGUCCUCAAGGAGGUCUUGACAGGCACAAAGAAUUGACAUUUGGAGUUUUGUCGUCGGAGGAGAGCUGAACCCUCUGAGGCUGGACUAUUUUAAGGACUCAGUUUAGUUUUUUUUAGUUUUAAAAAAAGCUUGUGUGUGUUACUUUAUGGGCUUCAAGUUCAGCACAAGCUCAGUGAGGUCAAAAGAGGGCAAAUGUGUUUACGUCUUCAUGGAAACUUCUGUUUUCUGUUCGUUUUUAGCACAUAAUAUCAGCUCAGAGUAAACUGUUUCUCAACCACUGCAUGCAGUUUCUUGAUCUUUCCUAUCACAUUAAAGUGCUCUUGAGCAAUCCCAGCUGCUGAACGCCUGCCAAAAACAGAGCCAUAAAGAUGAAGCAGGAGAGAUGCAACAGGAUGUAGUUUGUAUUAAAAGAGGUCAAAAGUCAGCAGUCAGAGGGGAGGGUUUGUUUUUAAAGAUGGGGCGGUUGACAGAGUGAGAUCGAGAGGAGGAAAUAUGUGACAUUUAUCAUCAGCUGUUUUUACUGGAUUAAAUUGUAGCAUAUUCAUGAAAUCUCCACACUAGACCCAGAAAAAGAAAAGUUUGAGAAUGAUCUGUGCUUUAUAGAAGACAACAGGCUCAUUCACAGUCAGAUUUUUUUAGUGUAUUCAGAUCUGUAUCAGGCCAAAACUGUAAAAGAAUAUAGACAUGACUUUGCUUGGACGGUCUUCCUCUUUCUGAAAAAUGUUCUGACAACGUUUAAUUUUGAGGGGACAUACAGAAAUAGAAAUAACAUGAUUGCAAAGCCACACUUAAAGGGAUAUUCCGGCGUAAAAUUAAUCUAGACACCCCCCCUCGAGAGAUGAAUGUACCUGACUGCUUGCUUCUCUAGAAACUUACCAAGAAACUUACCAACUUUAGUAACCACCGCACGAUAGCAAUACACAGCAGUCUGAGGAGCCAUAAACAAACCUUAACCAAAACACCACUCUGUAGACACAAAUAAUGCUCAGAACAGCACCUAACUUCAUCAACAGUACAUAAAGGGUCACAGCCACAGUACUAGCCACCAAACAUCUUUUUAACUUUGCCUGAUUUCUUCAGCAAAGAGACUAAACACAACUCACCUACUCUCUUCCAGCAGCCGCUUGUUUGUACAGAGACGUCAGGCGAGUCCAUUACCACAGCGGAGUGAUGCAGCUCAAGAAAGAACAUUUAUGAUAAUUUCUUUAUCAUUCCCUUGAAGUAAUAAUCAUCAUAUUAAUCAUUUUGCGCUGCAGACACGAUAGUUCUUCUGCCCUAGUAUCUUGGUCUGGUUUCAUUUCCAUGGAGAAAUGAUCAUAAAUGUUCUUCCUUGAGCCGCGUCACCCCGCUGCAGUCCGUAAUGGACUGGCCGAGGUCUCUCUCAAACAAGCAGCUGCUGGAAGAGAGUGGGUGAGUUGUGUUUAGUCUCUUUGCUAAAGUUGGUAUAACUAGAGAAGCAAGGGGUCGGCAACAUUCAUCUCUCGAGGGGGUGUCUAACAUGGUGUUACGGUGUGUUUGACCCGAACUUAAUUUUUCGCUGGAAUAUCCCUUUAACGUUCAAACAGGACAACACUUCUUAGUUCAACAUGUCUAAUGUCAUCCAGCUGUUUUUAGUCACAGCAGCUGAACUUGACUCAGUCAUUGUGAGACUUUAAAACCUCCAUCAUCUCUGCGUACAAAUCAAAACUAAACAGCAACUAUUACAAAGAAGCAGAUUCGGCAAAGGCAGAUAACUGCGCCAAUUAAUGACAAUUUCAUGUAUUUAUGAGGCUGAUAGAGUAAAACAAAACAAAAAAAGACCUAACAUUGGCUCUACAUGUCAGCCAGCCCCUGACAUGCUCUCUAAUUAUUGUUAUUAAUACUAGCUAACCAUGACUAUUAAACAUCCAUCUCUAAGGCUGUCAAAUUUCUGCCACAAACUUCUGAAAUAUUUCAGAUUAUUUGCUGUAAACACAGACUCCAAGGCUGCUGCCUUUGUGAGAAAGCUGAGAAAUUGUUGAUGGUCGCACAGAAGUUUCUAUCAAAUGUUAUGAAACGCUGAGAAGCCCUCUGUGUUGACUGCUGUUGUGAAAUAAGCUGCGCCCGAGCAAUGUUCCCUGGGAAAACUGAAGACAAUUUCUCUGAGUUCAUUAACCGGAGGAGCCAUCUGAAAAAAAAAAACUCUUAUGCACACAAAGGCAGAAGUCCUUGUUACUCCUGCAGUUGGGCGCAUCUGAAGUAGUUAAAAUUACAUAGUAAACAAACAAAUAAAGGGAAAAUACCAGGGCCAUAAAAGAAAAAAAGGCUAAUCAUUUGCAGAGGGGGAAAAGAAACCAAAACAAUGACUGUAAAGAGCUGAGAAAAACAAGAAACCUCCCAAAGUCAUUAAACAGAAAGUUUAUCUGUCACAUAAAUCAACUCCAUAAGCAAUCUGUUUGCUCUCAGAGUCCACAGCAAUAAAGGGAGAAGGCUGGGGGUGAGUACCCACAGACCCCCUGCCUGUCCCUGCAGGAGUCCAGUUCCAGGAAGUUGUCACUCUGUCAUGUCUGGGGUGAUUUCCUGCUUGCGUGAUGUUUGCCUUUUUGCAUGUUGAGCGCCACAAUGCAAAUACUGCGAGGCACUCAUGCAAAAGUGCGAACCGCACUCUCUCCCUCGCGCUCUCUUUGAGUCGCCGUUCCUCGUCGACUUUAUGGAUGUUCGCCGCUGACGUUUUCCCUUGUUGAAUAUACCCCCCUCCUUCCCCUUGGUUUUUUUUUCUCUUCCUUUCCUUUCCUUUCCUUCCUUCCCUCCUCUGCCGUCUUUUGUCCGGGCAUCUCUUCACGCUUGACCAGCCUUGCUGUGACUCUUGACUUCAAAGAGCUCCUCCAUUCAUCAGUCACUCAUCGGAAAAAGAGGGGGCCAUUCAGCGCCGCGCUAAAAGAGAGGGAGGGGACCGAGGAGUGAGUGUAUAAAAAAGAAGAGGGGGAACCAGUGUAUGAAAAGAGGGCACGAGAGAGAAAGAGGAUCCGCUCUUGACCGCGGGGAACCUUGGGAGUCACAAAAGCCAAAAAAAGGACACACUCCCACACUGCUACACACUCGCACAAAGUCCCCGAACGCUCGCGCACACACUCUCUUUUUGUGUUGUUGUUGUUUUUGCGCCGCUGGGUGUGUGCAGACGCUGCAAACUUGAUCCCUUCUUCUCCUCUCUGUCAGUUAGUCUUCUUUCUCUCUCUCUUUUUUUGACACAAAGGGUUGUCGAGGCCUGUUCCUUCCCAUAAUCCCUCACCGCACCUGUGUGUGUCUUUGUGUGCGUGUGUUGAAAUCUUCCACUAUUUCCAAAUCUUACCUUCCAUACUUUCAUCUCCUUCGUGUUCACUGACAUUCUCCGCCUUCCCCUCCGUAUUUUUGAGGUGGCUCGCGCGUUGGUUUUCAGGUCAGUGGGAAUUGCUAUUGCUUCCCCUCUCAGCUGGAGUCUGGCUCACACUCAGCCGCACACAAACACACACAGACAGACAUGCACACACUCUCUCUAUCUAUCUCUUUGUGUGAGUGGUUUAUACUGACAUGCGGUUGUGUGGUCUUGUACACACGCUUGCCUGACUUGUAAAGAUGCAUCGCUCGUAGGUGUGCCGGGUUGCUUUUCAUCCGCUUUUUGUCUCUUCAUUAUUCUGUUGUUUAUUUGUUUCUCCCUCAAGUAAGGAGUCAUAAGUGAGAGUCUGUCACGCUCCGAGUGUCGCUCGCCUCGGCCUGUUUAUAUGCAGGAGACAAGGUUUUUUCUUCCCUUUAUGACUCACCUUCUUUUUGUACAAGCGUAUAUAGAAGUCUUUAACCUUUCUUGUCCAACACGCAGGUUUUUAUGUUAUUUAUAUGAGUGUUUAUCGCGGCGUGCGCUCGUUGAAAACAGUGUUCACAGAGUUUAUCAGAUUUGUUUUGUUCCUCAGGAUGUCAAAGGAGGUUAAGAGGUUAUAAAACAUGCUUUUAUUUCCUGCUCCACUUACCGUUUUCGCUCUUAGAAAGUGAAAGUAUGCAACCCUACGUGAUCGACUCAUACCAAAGUCAAUCAUUCACCCAGAUUUGUCCUCUGAUGAUCAGAUUUAAUGAGAAAUCUUCUACCUACAAACAAAGAAACACAUUUUAGUCCCAUCAGUCGAGCCUCUUUCACACAUGCACUCCUGAAAAAUGCUUGAAAUUUUCCCAGCUGCUCUAUACUGAGAUUUCCCGGAGUGGCUUGUUCACACAUGAUCCUUGCAGAGUCUCUUUUGUUAGGAAAGGAGGUUAAUGGUCCUAGUGGUGGUGACGGGGUGUUGGUUUUGAGUCUUAGAAGGCAGGAUAUGUACAACAUGAUGAUGGACAACACAACAGAAGAGUCAGUCAACUAACAAAGCUAGUUUCCCAAAAAUUUCCUGCUUUUUUCUUACAUCAGCUUUACCGACUUGAUAGAGAAAUAUCACUUAGGGCUGGCAGGACAAAGUCUGAACAAAGUUGGGCUGAAAUUUUGGGUUGUUUGUGUUAACACAUGAAGCCCAUACCCAAAAUUUUCAUGAAUUUUCCUGUUUUAAGAGCAUGUUUAAACACAACAUGGUCAAACUCCAACUGAUGUGACAUUUAGGAACCCCUCCUGUCUUGCAAUAACCUGUGUUUAGACGCGAUAUAACGGGUGAAUGGGGCGAGUUAAUAAUUUUGUUUACUUCUGGUGUGAACGCAACAUCAUUGAUGUGUUGGCUGUGGUAUUUGAAAGUCUCGCACCUUUUGUAGAUUUCCUCUUUUGUUUGUUCGUUUAAAACAGGAAGUCUCAUGUGAUAUUCGAUUUUCUCUCCGGGGAUUCUUGGCCAUGAUGCGACACUGUUCAAAGUCCCAAAGUGUUUCACACAGAGUGCCAAAAGCAGACAAGGGCCAGCUGGAGAAACUGAGCAUGUCAGAACACACACACACAAAAAGGAACUGUGGAUACGAAACCAAAAAUAUCAAGCUAACGGUUUUGAGCUGCACUCUUUAGUUACACACUUUCUAUCUCCAGUUUCAUCUUUUCCAAGAGCACAAAAUCAUCUAUAUCAAAAAGUGGAUCAUCAGAAAGUCUUGACGUUAUAGCAGCUUUGAUUGAAUUUUGCCUUAAGUAAGAUUUAAGUGAGAAAAAGCGUAUAAAAGCUGCUUACAUCUGAAUCACUAUUACACACUGGUAAAUGGUGCAAAAGCUCCUUUAUGAACUCUGCCUUUUUAACUUCAUAUACUGUGGAGUUAUAUUAACUUAAUAAAGUGUGCUUAUCAAGUCUCUUUUACAGAGUGUCAAGGGAUAAUGCAUUAGAGGCACCUAUAAUACUCGUUAGUCCGCAUUUGACUAAUCUGGAGCACAGUUGAAUACAGACUCAGUCAGCUUUGAUCUUACUUUGUAGUUUUAACGCCCUGAUGCAACCAAAAAGGUGUUUUGAAAAUCUUAACAUUUUAAAAUUCGGAGUGCAAACUUUUUUUUUUGGCACUACAAGUUAGUUUGAGCUUCAUCUGACUGCAGUAAAACGGUGUGAAAACAGUAAACAAGAGUUGCAUUUGGGCUGUUCCUGUACGUGGAAAAGGCAUUUUUAGCAGCUAAAAUCGCACACACUUUUCCCCAAGUGGAGUCCUCUUGGAAACGCUGCCUCUUCUGUUGCUGCGCCGGCCAGACUAUUUCCGAAAAUAGUGACGUCAGAGCUCCGUUCAUUCAUGCAAAUGACACUUUUCUGUUAAAUAGUAAUGCACCUCGAACAAAAGACAAUGGUGAAAAACCAAUUUGUGUUUGUGCUGCUGACUUAAAUGCAUCCAAAGUAACUUGUAAGUUACAAAUUUGCCCUUAUAGUCUUGUUUGUCCAAUCCAGAACAAAGUUAUACCAUCAUCCGCUAGCCUGAUGUGCACUCUCCAGUAACCAGAUCUUUGCCAUGUCAUUAUUUUGGGGCUAUUCUUUGUCUUGGCGCGGUUUAAUGGGGCGCUAACACCAAGUGAAACCAUCUACUCGCUUAGUUCACGCAAAUUCACUUCAUUCGCGUGUCAACAGUAUUUUCAAUGGUAAUCCCUGUCAAUUCAACCGGCGGGAUCAAGUGGUAGACAAAAGUUUUGUACAAUUUACCAGGUAAUCCGACCUCCUCGCUCACUUGUCUCCAGGCAAGCUCCUUUUUAUUCGGUUUUGGUAAUUGAAAGAAAAGGUAUAACAUAAUUCAGGGCAUCUACGACACAAUCAGUUUGUCCUCCAUUCUAGAUACCAGUGAACAACCGUCUGUUUUCAUAUGUCACCCAGCAAAACUUAAUGCGGAUUAGCGAAUACCUGCUCAAGUUGAGACAUUUUCAGCUCCCGCCCAGUUCGCAUCAUUUGCGCCAUCAGAGUAGUAGGAUCGACUAAUCGCGUCUUCCCAUUGACUUAACAUGUAAUUCAUUCGCGCGAAUGAUUUUACUCGCGCUUGGUGUGUGGAGACGGUAAGAAAGCAUUGCUAGAUCUUCACAGUGUAUUUGUUGCAAAUGUUCACCCCUCAAAAGUCCAAAAAUACUCCAAAGUUUAUAAUGUUUCACUGCAAAAGCAUAAAUAGAGAUACCACUUAACUGUGCAGCUCUACCAUACACAAAAUCUUUAUUGGGCAUCCUUUUAGUGCCCCAGACUCACGCUGUGCCACGUGCCUGUGCACAGCAGCAGCUACAGAAGACUUUAGAGGGCAGGUGUGGAGUCGUCUAUGAGUCACAGGUCUUAAUAAAGCAGCGGAGGUGUAGAACAGUUAAUGAAACACCCAUUUUUCGUUUUCUUGCUUUUACUGUCCCGAUUUCCAGAGUGAGGGCAUGUUUAUCUGUUUAAAUCAGUAUGUGUGUGUGCGUGUGUGAAUGACGUGCUCGUGCUCGGUCCAAUGUGGUGAGUCAGUCAGGUUGAGUAACGGCGCCUGCCGCGACAUGCCUCAACAACACACCAUCGUAUACAUGCACAGACACAUUAACCUUACAGAGAGAGAAAUGGAAAUGGAGUCAGAAGGACGGAAAGAGCUUAAUAAAAGCGGGGCCGCUGAGGAGGAAAUUGGAAGGGAGGGAUAAUUACGUUUCGAGUGGGCAAACAGAAAGAAAGACAAAAAACGAGAGCGAACAGUCGGAGGUAAAGAGAGUAAAAAGAAACGCAAAGAUGGAGUGAAAACAGAGGGCAAGAAGGUGAGGGGAAAGUAUCUCUUCAUCUCCCCCUCCUCCAUCCAAGGAAUGUUAAUCAGCGUAAAGAGGUCAGACCUUUUGGCGUUUGAGAGACUGUUUGUGUGUCUCUGUGUGAGUCUGUGUGUGUGUGGGUUGGGGUGAAAAGGUCGGACAUGCUGUUCUGGCCUUUUGGAGCCUUGUCUGAAGUGCUUCAAGUGAACAACUGCACACAGGGGUCCAUUACAAUGCCCUUUACAACUUCUUUUACAACAGCACUCCCGGGCACACUAUUUGGAUAAACACUGCUUUGAUUCAUCACUUUUGACAGCAUUAUCAUGAUAAUUACAGCCUGCGUGAGGAGUUUAGUUCCAGGACAUCAAAUAUCCAGCGUUCAUCAUCAAAACACCCUUCGCAACGUUUUCCUUUUCCUCCUGUCAGGGUUUUUGAGGAGCAGCUGUUUUUUUAAAGCUCUAGUUUGUGAUUUUAUAUCCAAACUCUGGCAAAAGGAUCCGAUUGUACAUAUGACAUCUAAUGGUUUCUAAGGUUAUAUCUAGGCAGAAGAGCCUGAUGCUCAAAGAAAGAAAAAAAACAGUUGUGCAACGAUGAAAACAUCAUGGUGUUUUCACUUUGGAUACGCUUAAUUUGAGAUUUCCCUGCUCUAACAUAACGCACAAUGUUUCAAAUGAAAAGUGAAUUCGUGAGAAGGCGACACGUUCAGGAUUUACUCGGUGAAGGGAUUUUCUCCUGCGCGUUUCUUUGUUUAGCGGCCAGCAGAUUCUUCACAGCACCAAAUUAAGUUGAGUAGGAAGCUGUCUGAGAUGUGUUUUUGUUUUUUUUCUUUCUUUUAAUAAAAAAAUAAAUAAAUAAAUCAGGUGAUUUGGAAAGUGCAGCACUCAGUAUUGAAUGGCCUUUUGUGCGUGUGAUUCAUCGUGCAGUCCCAGUGCACAGAGAGGCCGUGAGAAGACGGGGAGGCUGCGGUUAUGAGAAAUCAUAAAAAGAUACACAGGUCAAAGUUAUCUCCAAGUGAUAAACAUGCAGGGGAGAGGCAUGCACGCUUAAAACUUCAUUAUUAGAGUUAUUUCGGCUCGAAAAUUUCUCAUUUUAGCGCCUUUUUCUGGCGUGUGUAAGAGUUUUCCCAUCACUGUUGCGCCUCUUUACUCAUCACUCAGUUAUACUUGUUAACCUAAGCGAUAUUCAUGCUUCACAACAAUAUCCCAGCACAGUGAGUUAGUUAUAGCUUCAUCUGCCUCUAAUUAAUUUACAUAAAGCGUAAUCACAACACACUUCGCACCCUCUCGACUCCGCAGAGUAAACAGUUUACAGGCGUCUACAGCGGUUUCUUAUACUAAUCUGCUUCACCACUUAGCUCUGCAUCUUAUUUAAGACGCUGCUUUCAUCUCAUCCGUUGUGUCUCAUCUACUUUAUUUCAUCUCAAGUCACCACUCGAUUGUAAACACUUCCGGUUCGUGCCACUCUCCCGGCGAUUCCGAGGCCAUUUUUACAGCUAAAUCACCGGCAGCAGCCUUUUCAAACUCGAAGCGUUUUCCCCUUAUUUCAGCUUAUUGGGCCGUAUGAGAAAUCGGGCCAUGUAAUUUCACCGGGGACCAAAACAAUCAGUCCAGGACCUUGUUGAGGGGGUGGGCCCAGUACGUCUCACUGCACCUCUGAAGGGAGAAUCGUUUGGCGAUCCGACCGCAAUCCAUCCCAGCUCCACACACAAACACCGAACUUGAAUAGAUGAGGCAGGGACAUUUUCACAGUGGUUCAAUUAGUAUUUCAAGUCACCGUAUUGUCCGCCUGGGAAAUAAAAUAAAAAGGGAUGUUAAUUAUUCAGAAUCUCAUUGCACAAAUAGCGGGUUAAUCCUUUGUUGUACAUUAGCACGAUAACAGGCCCAAUUUCUAAGGGGAGUGAGUUAAUGAGCGCUGUGAUCCGCAUCCGCAGCAGAUGCUGAUUCUUCAUGUUUGUUUAGCUGUUAAGGAAGUCCUUCCCCGAGCUACAAAUAUCUGACUAACAAAGAACGGAGAGUCGGAGGGGUCAAAUCUGUUCCUUUGAGUCAUCACAAAAGUUUUUUCGACAAACACUUUCAUCCAUCUUCGACUUAAACACAAUCACAGGAGACAGAAAAAUCAGACUUUUACACUCUCCGCUCCUUUCCCACACGAAUAUUCCUGUAAGCCAACUUUUGUUUACAUUUAUUUAUGCGCAGUGUGGGAAAAAUCUGCAUUAUAUAUAUAAAGAAAAGUGAAAGUUAUGAAUUUUUAUGAUAAAACUGCUCAGGGGUCGAUUUGUUAUUUUGAAAUGAUCGAGUAUGCAGGCGGGGAAACUAAAAAAUCUAUAUGAUUUUGUGGCUCUGGAAAGUCUGAGAUUUGAGUACUGUCUGAAACAUCCAGACGAACCCGAGAGAGAGGUUCGAAACUCCUCAGACGGACGAGUUUAUCGAUUUUUAUUUACAAACUCUUCUGUUCCUCUGGGUCUUUGCUAUUUCUCCUUCUCCCUUGACACUUUUUUUUUUCCCCACUGUUGCCUCAGAUUAUCCAGACAGAUUUGAUAAAAUAUAGUCAAAAUGAAGACUGAGGUUGUAAUAAACUAGAAUAAUCCAAAUGUGGAUAAAGAAAAGCAGCUGAAACUCACCUUUACUUCCACUAUCCUCGUGUAAACCCUCGAUUUCUCGCAGCCUCAAUGUCCCGGGGUUAGGACAUGUCAUUCUUCCUUGACUUAAGUACCCUCGAACCUGUGUGUGUACGUUAGUGUGUGUGUGUGACUGACUUAUAUGUGUGUGGUACCCUGGUAGUAAUGUUGCAUUUUAAUGAGAUGAUACAUAUGUAUGACCGUACACACUUAAGCUGUCAGCUUUGCCACAUCUCCUUUUGAUUAAUUUAAACUUGGAGGUGAAAGUAGUGUGACUCCAUCACAUGCUCUCACACACACACACACACACACACACACACACACACACACGGUCUUAAACAUAUGGUUUCUGACAGUGUUGACUGCUGUGGAUAUCUGGGAUGAGAUGUGCUCCCUGUGGAAUAAGAGAUGCAAUCUCUCCCUUCUCUUCCCCACUCUCUCUGUGUCUCCAUGUGUCUUUACCCGUCUCUCCAUUUCGUACCUGUGCUCUCUCUGUCAUUUCUUCAUCUCUCUCUCUGUCCCUCUCUGUAGUUUUCUCUCCCUCGUUCUGGCUCUUCUUCGUUUCCACUCCAUCAGAUAGAAGCUGACAGCUGCCAUCAGGCCUAUUUCAGGCACUGGCGCACACACAGCAUCCACUCUUCCUCUCUCUGUCUUCUCUUUUUCUUACUUUCCCUUUCCUCUCUCUCUCUCUCUAUCUGUUUGUCACCUUCUCUCCAUCCUUCUGUUUGUCUCCAUCUGAUUCUACCUGCUGGUUUCCAACUUGGAUUUGUUUCUGAGGCUUGGAGAAGAUCUGGAGGAGGACUAAAGCGAACGGGGGGAAUCGCUCCUCUGCGUCUCCCUCCUCCCUCUGUCUCUACCUGUCCAUCUGGUCACCUCCUCUAGGGAGGGGAUUUUUCACUGAGCAAUCGUCCCCUCCUCCUGAGCCUCUUUGAGCGCGCAUCUUUCAUUCAUUUCUAAUGAGGUGUCAGGCAUUCCUGUCCCCGCACUUGCGCAGACUCCCCUCCUUUUGGCACGCCGUCUCUGUCACUCCCGACUGUUUUUUCCCCGACAUGUCUGCCUGUCCAUAUCUCCCUCUCUUUUCCCAAUUUAAACCCCUGUCUACCUGUCCGUCGUAGGCCUCGCUGUCACUCCUUUUGUGCAGAAAAAAUAAGGUCACACACUUCGUCUGUCGUCCUUCCUUUCCCAUCCUUCUCCUCGCUCGCCUUUUUGGUUCAUUUUUUCCCACUCGUCAGUCUGUCAAAUUAAUUCUUCUGCGUCGCUUAAAUGAGCCAAGGAGUGGCAUUUGGAGCCAUUGAUCUCCGAGGCGGUGAUUGCUCAGGGAUUUUAAACGGUCGCCUAGUGUUUACACAGUGUCACUCUGUUGUUGGACGCCUCCCAUACCAAUGCAACUCAUUAUUUACCGUCCCUGUUUUUCUCUCUCUUUUUGUCUUUUCAUGGCCGUCACGUCGUCAUUACCUCCCUCCUCUGCAACAGGUAAGACACUUUUUAUUUUUUUAUCUCCUUCCUAAUUUGUGAUUGUGUGUUUGUCUAAAUCACAACUGUUGUCAUAAGACUCAUUGCUGUGCCCUGCAGGUUUGUUAAUCAAACAGUUUGUGGUGUCCUUGUAGCUUUCCACACACACACACUCACUCCUCUUGUUGAUUCGCCGGUCUAGUUACAUGUUAACCCAACUUUGAAGGUCUAAAGGUCCUCUUGUCUUGUGUGGGAUAUCAGGACCGGCCUCUUCUCAGUCUGUAGGGAGAGUUUUGUUAUUUCUUUUCAAGUGUGAGCGUUGUGUAGCUCCUGCGUGCGUGUGUGGGUGUGUGUGUGCGAUCACCUGGAGGACGUUGUUUUCCCCGAGCUGUCUCUUGUGAUGUCUCUCACCUCUGAAGCACCUCUCCUCUAAUUUCCCAUCAUUCAGUAUUCUCUCCGUUCCUCUGUCUUGUGUUUGCGUUUCGCUCGGGUCCCUUAUCUCAUUUUUGCAGCGGAGCCAAGCCCAGCAACAGCACCUGUACGGAUCUGUGUGUGUAUGUGUGUGUGUAUGUGUGUGUAUGUGUGUGUAGAAGUGUGUGAGUGUGUGCACCCUGGUGGAGACAGGAAAGGUGUUUCUCCACGUUUCACCACCCACCCAUCUUUUCUCUCCUUUUUUGCGUUUUUUCUAACCUCCAUUUUCCUUCUUCUUGUCCCACCACUCUUUGUGUCUCUUUCUCUCUCUCUCUCUCUCUCUCUCUCUCUCUCUCUCUCUCUCUCUCUCUCUCUCUCUCUCUCUAUCUUCUCUCUCUCUCUGUCUCUCUCUCUCUCUCUCUCUCUCUCUCUCUCUCUCUCUCUCUCUCUCCAGUGGUCCUCAGUUUUACAAUCUGUUGAAAAUCUGUGUUUCCAGUCCAGCGCUCAGCUUCCUCCUGCACAUCUCAGUGUGUGUGUAUAUUCAUCUGUGUGUGUGUAUGUGUAUACGUGUGUGUAGCUGGUCUCGGGUGCAGUGGAGGGACACUGAUGACCAAAUAAAAGCAGUGAUUCGUCUUCAUCUGCUCGGUUCUCAUCUGCUUCUCAUCUUCAUUUUUUGCUGAUUAUCCGAUUUUUUUUUUUCUUCCAUCUUUUUCUUUUUUUUGUUUCCUCGUUCGAGUUUGAAUCAUUUUUAAUUGUCUAUUUAUUCUUCAUUUUCUUCUUUUCACAGACAUUAAUUUCUCCUCCUCUUCUUCUCUCUAGACUCUACUUUAACAUAAUUAUUCAUUAUCUCAUUAUUCCUUUUCUCUUCUUACUCCUUUUCUCUCUAAUUGUUGACGACUUCUUCUACGUUUCCUUCUUCUUCUUUCUUUUUCUGUCAUUUUCAUUUUCUUCUUCUUUAGCUUAUUAUUUGUCUUUCAUAACUUGUUUUUCUCGUUUACUCCUCUUCACCCCUGUCUCUAUCUUCUUUUUCUUCUCUUUUAUCUUGUCUUUUUUCUUGUUCCCCUUCUUCUUUCUUUGUCUUCUGUCCUUCUCGGCUGUCCUUAACAUAUUUGUCUUUUUCUGUCUUUGUUUUUUUCUGCAUUUUUACUUUUUCAUUGUCAUCCUCUCCUUCUUUUUGAAGUUUUUUUUUUCUCUUUCAUAGUCCUUAUUUUCCACUUGGUCUUCAUUGUCUUUUCUCUCCAUUUUGUCUUCUUGUUCUUUAGCAUCUAGAUUGUCUUUCUCCUUUAUUUUUGUCUUUUUCUUUUCCUUUUUUCCUUCAUUGUCCUCAACACCUCCUUUCCUUUUCUUUUUGCUUCUCUUUUUUCUGCUUCCUCUGUCCCGUCUCCUCUCCUUGUCCUCCUUUUGCUUCUCCUUCCUCUUCCACUGCUUCUUCAUUUUCUGAUUUCCCUCAGUUUCUCCUUUUUCUCUUUUUCCCUCUUCAUCUUCCUUCCUUUUUCAUCUUUUAAUUCUCCUUCCUCUGGUUCUACUUCUUCGAUUUCUCUUCCUCCUCUUCUUCUCCACAAUGUCUAAGUUCUGUCUUCUUCAUAAAGCCGAUACAACAACAACAACAACAACAGCAGCAGCAGCCAAAACAAUGGAGCUUCUAUCAUAAGUGUGCCAGCCAGAGUGUGUGCCGCUCUGCUUCUCAGGCUGGCAAACAGAACAAACACACACUCACACACACACACACAAAAACACACACUCACACAUGCAGAUUCUCCAUGUGGAGCUGGGGAGACGAGUGUUACCUAUGGGAAUCAUGGAGAGUUUGAGAUGCUGGACUCUUUUCCACAGACAUUCACUCAGACUCUCUCUCUGUACCUGUUUUACACCAGCAGUCAAAUUAAAGAAAGGAUGACCCAGAUAGAAAUCAAGAACAAGAGAGAAGAAGAAGAAGAGGCAGAAAAAAAAAAAACAUGCUCAAAAGUAGGAAUUGUGGCGGCGGCGAGGAUGGCAGUUGUGAAAUUUACUGGCGACACCUGCUUCAUGUCAGCUCUGCGUCGAAACCGACACAUUCUUUCCUCCCCUCUGUCUUUUUUCUUCUGUGUUUUCCUGCGUUUCCCUUUCUUCCCCUCCCAUCGCCCGGGAAACGAGAGGGAAUAGGAGGGGACAGACAAGAACAUGUUAUGCAGGGAGGGAGCCAGGCAGCGUCCCACGUGUGCCUGUUAGUCUGUGUGUGUGUGUGUGUGUGUGUAUUUUCCCCGUGUGUGUCUGUGUGUGUGUGUGGAUGCACUUGUCUCUCUGAGAAAGUGUGUGUGUUUGAAGAGGGAUUCUCAAACAGCAUUAUUAACUCAUCUGGGUUUUGCAUGAGUCGCCUCCCAUUCUCAGAAGACACACUCGCACACACACUAACACACACUCACUUUCCUCCUCUUACACACACACACACACACAGAGAAAGCAGUGCAGUGCGUCUUGACAGCUCCCCAGGCUCCUAUCCUGGAAAGGCGAGACAGGAGAGCAGCGGAGCAUGCUGGGAUAGUAGAAGACCCGGACGUUCAUCUCCGAGCCCCCCAGCUCAGUUAAUACUUAAUGUCCCAAUACACACUCCCACACACACACACACACACACACACACACACACACUCACACUCACACACACACAUACAGUUGCAGUUUGCAGACUCGCACAGUCAUAAACACACUUGUGCGCGCCAAUACACAAAGCAAGGGCAUGCUUAUACAAAACCACACACACAUUGACACACACUGACACACACACACACACUCACAGUAUAUAAAAUAUUCAGGAGUCCAUGAAAUAAUUAUGAACAUUGAUGGAAUGAAACUUGCUAAUUUAACCGGGCCCCUCUCUUUCCUUUGUCUGAGAACAGCAACAGACAAUGGAGACACACAUACACACACACACACGAGGACACGCACUUACUCAUUCACUCACUCACACUUACACACAUUGUCACAGAAUUAAGCGCAGCAGGAGAGCAGAAGUGACAGCUUAUGGGCACCAGUGGGACAGUCUCUGAACCAAAAAAAAGUGUGUGUGUGUUUUUUUUUUUUUUCCCACAGUAUCAGUCCCAUCUGACUCGAUUUAGCCCGUGCGCGUGCGUGUGUGGGAAUGUGUGCGUUCGCAUGCGUGGGUGCGCUCAUAUUUACCUCACACCUCUCAUAAUGGAUAGACGUGGAUGUUGGCGUUUCAUUUGUAAGAAUAUAUAAACAUGUAACGCGUAAGUAGGGCAGCUGUCCUGUUUCAUUCAGCGCUGCAGCUUCAGCAGCGAGAGCGCGGCGGUGUUGCUGUAAAGAUUAAUAAUGCUGGCUGCUGUUUGUAGCAUUGAGAUGGAACUUUGGUAAUCAGUUAAUUAAAUCAGCUAAUUAAAUCAGUGUUUGGAGGCGAGCGUGUUUUUCACAUUUUGUUUCCUGAAUGGUGGCAAACUGGAGGGUUGAGUGAAAGAGAGAGAGAGAGAAAGAAGUAGGGGGGGCGAAAAAGAGAGAGAGAGAGAGAGAGAGAAUAUGAGGGCCUGUUGAAAGCUGGACUUGUGAAUUGAUAAGGGCGCAGGACAUAACAAACUGUGUCUGGGACAGUCUGCGUGUGUGCGCACACGUGUCCCUGGAGGUCAUGUGCAUUCGCUCAUUCAUGCACAUGCACUCCGUUUUCAAAGAGCGUCAUUAGCUCAUCUGGAUUUUGUUCCCCGAGCUUUCAUGCGCAUUACUCCUCUGCCUCUGUGUGUGUAUGUGUGUGUUUUAACAGUUUCCAACAUCAACAACCUCACAUUCCCCAAGUGGCGAAUUGUAAGUGUGUGUAGUGCACAUUUUCCACUGAUGUCAGCAUUUGGACGCUGAAUUACCUUAUAGUGAAAGUUGUUACGCUGAAAUGCGUUCCCCAAUAACAACGGCGUUAAUGCUGUGUCAUCCGGCACUGAUUGUGCUCUUUGCUGCGCUAAGCUGUCAGACAGCGGGCAGAGCCGAAGUAAAAUGUUUCCUCUUAUAUUCAUGAAUUCCAAUUUAGACAAUUACUUGAGCAGCGAGACUUGAAUUACAGCGAAGUUCACAUUUACAGCAGUUUUCAAAACACAUUGAAGCGCUUUACAAAACAGUGAGGAAAGGAAAGCCAUUAAGAUUAACAGUAUAAUGAGAUGAAACUGCCAGACAAGAAUUAAAAGCACGACUGCGGGGGGAGAGAGUAAGAACACAGCUGCAAUCAAACUGUAACUGGAUAAUGUGAAAGCCAGUGUUUCAACAAGUGAAUUUGAGAGGUGGCACAAGUUGUUUUCACAGCCUUAAAGCUCCUCGGGCUGUGUUUUCAGACGCACCGAUGCCAGGCCUGUGGGGCUUUUUUUCGUCUCUGCAGUGACUUCAAACUGCGGCGCAUUAAUGCAAAGAUAGCAAAGUGAGCAUCAGCAUUAUUUAGUGACUCUACUCGUCGUGACUCGGGGCUGUUUGGUGAGGUAACAGACUUGGACGUCACAGAGAGAGGGUUCAAAUUAAAUUCCACGUCUGAAGCACUAGUCGGGAAUUAGCUUGAGCAUCUGCCUGUUUGUGUGCACCCUCCUCGUGCCAGCGUGUUUGAUGUGCACGAGUAUGACAUCGAUCACUUCCAAUCCACCUGCUCUGAAAGCAGGAGGAGGAGGAGGGGGUGGGGUCCCCUGCAGCUCAGCAGAUUGGCACUCCAGAUCUCUGCGUGUGUCACCCCUUAAUCUGUCCCCCCGUGUUGCAUCCUAAUCCCUCCCCUGCCAAACCUGCGCUGACAGGCGGAGGUUGCGCUGGGGUGUCCUUGACCUCUGCUGCUGCUGGGCCGGAGUGGGACUGGAUCAGACCGGAUCAAACCGGACCCACUCCUUGCUGCGAGGCGGAAAAAGCUACAGGUAUCAGAGAGGCUUUUUCUCUUUCCGACAGCGAGCGGCAUAAAUCGCACCACACCUUGUUUGGUAUCCAAACAUUUGCGAGCACGUCCCCUUCGUUUAAUUCUGAGGAAAACUUGAACACUGUUGGAAAGUUACAACAGACUGUUUUAUAUCCUUUCACUCCAGGGGUAAAAAACACCAUUUCUAGUGCAAAUUGGACAGUCUGCAGUCCACUUAACAGACUUGCCUCGGUGUCCAAAAUCCAGAUUUUAUCAUGCAAAAUCCAGCUUGAAAUUUAGUACUCUUCCUUGCCAAAGUGCAACCGCAAAAACAGCCAGAGAUUUAAAAGUCUGCAAGGUGCUUUUGUAUUUUUGCAGGCCUCUUUCCUGGCAGAGACUUCCUGUGAGUGUCAGCAGACUGAGAGUAAGCAGAGUAACCUAUAUUCAGAAGUCAUCUGAAAACAUCUAACCCGGGCACAGAGAAAUAGCAAAAACACAGCAAACACCGGCGAAACCAAAUUAAGACUUCAUGUUUACUCGGAGGGGCCGUCUUGCUCAGGAAAGCCUGUAGAAGCUCUUUUUAAUACCGUAAGAAUAAAUGGCAGCUAAUGUUUCCCCCCUCAAGGUAGGGAAAUGAGCCUAGAUAUUUUCAUUUCUGCUCUGUGUUCAAAAAACCAGCAGGAGUAUAAAGGGGAAGGGAACAUCUCUAAAGCACCGGCAUUAGCUUCACAAGUGAGUGCCCUGAAGGGUCAGAACAGAAAAAUCCAUUUGUCCGAGAUCUUACAUAAUGCAUCCAUAAGACAGUGCGAUAUUGAGUGGAUACUAGUGCAAGGGCUGAGAGAAAAAUGUCUGGAUUACAAAGGAACAUUAUUCUACAACGAUACAAAUCAACUUUUCAUACAGACCUCCUUUGCGAAACAUACAAUGCGGUUAUCCUUACUUCCUUUCCUGGAUCCAGAUCUUCAACUGAUAUGUCUUUAAGUAACCUAGUUUACCAUUGACAACCAUUUAUAAUUAAUCUUGUGUAACACAUCAUAACCUCUUAGAAGCUAAUUUGACAAAGCGUUUAAUGGCAUCAUACUAAAAGGUCCGGCAGAACCCAUUUGUAACGUCUAGUUGUCCUUUCGACCGUCCAUCAUGUGUCUGAAGAGGUUAUUAAAGGGCAGUGCUUCAUCACUGGAGUGCUCUCAUAACCCGCUAUUCUUUGAGCAAUCAAUAGACCCUUUCACAUUUAGAUUGCAGUUUGACAAAGCUCCAAAUGCACUACCCUUUUGAACUUUUACUUUGAACUUCCCAACAACAUCCUAUUGGUUUUUCCCGAGUGUGACUUUCACAUCAUGGCAAAUGGAUGGUGCAAAGUGUGAAGAGAUGGCAUUAUAUUAACAAUUUACACAUGAUCAGAUUGAGCGUCAAGCUCUCGUGUUAAAAAGUGAAGCAUAUGCAGAACGCAAAUGUGCAAUUCCUUCAGUGUCCACUAGGGGCUGGCUCCAAAAGCCAAGGAAGCCCUAUUGACACCCAUGCUUAAUGCUGCGUUCCGAGCUGGGCUUGACGUCACACCCAAGUUACCAGCGUUUUAGCUACCAAGUCAGAAGAAAGCAAAAUCGGAGGUGGAAACAAGCUAGCUACAUCUACGAAAGUUGUUUUAGCACUUGCAUUGUCUGAAUAUAAGCGAGGACAAGGCAAGCGCUAAAAUACCUUUCAUAGAUGUAGCCAUCUUGUUUCUGCCUCCGAUUUCGCUUUCUUCCAACUUGGUACUGGUAACUCGGUGUGAUGUCAUUCCCAGCUCGGACAUCUGACUUCCAAAGUAACUCGAACGCAGCAAAAAUCCCGACUUUUACAGCAGGAUUAAAUAUAUCUAAAAAGAAGUAUUAUUCAGUGCAGAGGUUAUAUUUAGUGCUAUGGCUCUAUCUAAAUGUGAACCACUAAAAGAAAUAUUGAAUCUCAACAGAAAACUAAAACAUUUGCAGUUUAAACGAUUGGGAAAUCUGUUCUUUCGCUGGAAGGUGUUUGGUCAUGCUCCUUCAGGAAAGGAAGCAUUCAAAGGCCCAAGUGUCUUGAUACCAUGCCCCCCUCAGACCCCCUGAUAGCUAUCACACAUCUCAAAUAUCUCCUAUAAAGGCCUUGGGCCAUACCUGGCAGCCUCAGAGGCAGACCUCUCUCUGCCCCCGGAGGUCUGUGAAUUCUCUCCUAAUCACAUAAUGGACGCCAGAGGCUCCAGCGCUUCAGGACUUUUGAUAGUUUAGAGCAUUUUAAACACCCCCUGCAGGGAUGAUUAGUAACAUACAUGGUCAUCCAGUACGGACGAGUACAGCUGAAUUCUCAGACUGAGAGUCUGCUGUCGACGGCGAAUUACUCCCCCUCACUUUCCAAAGUGAAUCCUCGCUGACCUUCACAGAUACACCCAAGUAAAGCAGAAAGUUCUGGAGAAAAUGAAUCUUUGAACAGCGAUUUCUUCAUCUCCCUUUCGCCAGAUUUCCUGUUUCUACUUUAAUUCUGUUCAUUAACUUUUCAGGACAAGAUAAGGAUUCAAUUUAAUUUGGUUUAUUCAAUUUAAGGGGGAUAUUUUUGGCCUAUAAUUUCCUUAAAUGUAGUGGUGUGUGAGGGGAACAGACUAUAGUCAGAGUGUGUUUGGACUUCGGAUGGUGUGACACAGAGCAGGACCUCUUAUUAUCUGUAUGUAUAGACGUGUUGUUCUCUGUCUUUGCUCAUAUUAUGUCUUCCUGGUUUAUCCUUGUCUGUCUCAGUGCUCUCUGUGCACACACGCUCUUUGGCCCCUUCGCCCCGCGAUUUGCAAACAAAACUCUGAACUCUGCCUUCAAACUGGAUUUAGGACUUCUGCUCUUCGUCAGCGUAGGAAACCCUGUGAAAUCGGUUUUGCUCAUCAUCAUCACUGUGGCCCCCUGGCGCCUACGAGAUGCUAUACAUCACAAUCCCCCAUCUAUUUUUCCAGCUGGCCUUUAUUCCCCCACAGGCCACUUCCAGUCCAGUGGCUAUGGAUCUGUGGAGCUGCAGUCGAUAGCAUCCUGUAGUUUUGUGUCUGUCUGUGGUCACUUCUCUCUAACCCUGCGGUCAGGCCAUCCACCGAAUAAACCUCCAGCUAUCACAUGUUUGGGUUGGGGGGGGGGAUCAAUGCAAUCACUGAGAGAUUUUUCUCUGUGGAUGUGUAGAAAAAAUGAAAAAAAAAAAAAAAGACUAAACACCAGAGCCCACAAAAGCGUGAGCGAUAAUUGGAGAGGAAUUCCAACCUCCACGGCACAGUUUGUCUAAGGUUGAUGGGAAAUCCACCUCUUUGUUUUUGAAGCCUGGGUUGGAAAUAACCUUAUCGACUACAUCAGUUUAGCUUUUUUUCUCAAGACCCCCCACCCUCAGGAAAAAAGAGCUAAAGGGUAAACAGAAAAACUAGGUGAUGACUCACAAUCUACUAUGUCUCUUCUAGUUUCUUUUAAACUUUGGGUAAAGAAAAAGACAGAAAAAGAAAAUAUCGGACUACUUUUUUUUUUUUUUUUACAAUUUUCUGACAUUUUUGAAAUUUUUGUCCAUACAGAUUGAACAAAAGCAAGUCUAAUCUAUUAGCAAAAACACUAAAAUGUAAGGUGGGAGAAAAAAUCGAUUCACAUAAUUUUUUUACAAUUUUUAAAUAGAUUUUUUUGUUAAAAAAAAAUGAUUUUUUUGUUAAAAAUUUGAUUUUUUUUUUGUCAAAAAAAUGGAUUUUUUUUUUUAAUUUUAAGGAAAAAAUUUUAAAAACUGACUUAAAUAUGAUGUGUAAUUUUGGGAGAAAUAUGGUUCCUGGAACUAGUCAGUUAACAAUCAUAAUAAUUCAGCUGUUUUACUGGAGUUAAAAAUGUUGACUAAAAAUCGAGAAAAUCGACAAUAUCGUAGAAUUGCAAUUUAAAUUGAAUUGGAAUCCAAAAAAUCGUAGAAGAAAAGCAUAUCAUCCCAGCCCUCCUAAAAUGCUUGCAACCAUGAAAAUAACACACUACGCAGCCUUUAACUAGUACAGUGCGUGUUAUUUUGACCCUUUUGGCACACUGUAGUUGAGCUACCGCAGUGUCUUCCUGCUUCUAUCUGCGAUUUACUUCACAACACUCCCAGGUGGCAAACAAAUAUAAUAUUCACUUUGAGUUAAACAGAAUAGUCUAUCACUGAAAUACUCCAAGGUUCCUCCUCGUCUGCUUCAAGCUUUAAGAAAGAAGUUGUUCAUGGAAAAGCAGCGAUUAAAUUCUCCAGCCGUGAUCACAUAAGCCUUCAAGUAAAAAAACUUUUAAGACAUGAGGACAUAUGGUCGGAAAUUUGAUGCAACACAUGCUCAGCCCGAGCAUGUUUCCGCCGAGCGUUGGUCCAGACACUGAUGUAUCCGUCGAACUUAUUUUUGCAGGUUUUCUCGUAUUCUCUUUCUUCUGCCGCCAAGUGCUGAUUGAACAUGGGCGCCUAACAGUAUGGAACAGAUUAGAAAUCUACAGUAGAUUUCUAAUUCCCCUCCUGUUAUGGCCUACAGUAGAGUCAGAGUAAUGUGAAAAGGAUUAACAGUGGGAUGAAUGCACGAGAGGAGAGAGCGAGCCGGAGAUUACAAUGAGAGCUUUGUUUCUGCAACUAUCGAGCUGGGCUUUCUGCGAGGAUCCAUUAUUCUUGCUUUGAUGCUGCUGUCUCAAUGAAAAGUGGUUGGCGGCGAUGCAUUGUUUCAACAGCAAAAGGGGGGAUAUCACUGCAGUGCUAUUCAGCAUAAUUUAGCUUCCCUGCCUCCCAUUACACACCCCCUAACUCACUCCCUGCCUGCUCCGUUUUGAAUCUCAGCAAUUACCUGCGGUGCUAAAUCAGAGUCUGACAGCAGCAGCUAAAUAUGGAGCUUCAUGCCCACCUUCGGCUUAUCAAACUUUCAGGGGUCUGCCAGGCAGGAUCCUCUCUGAAAGGGGAUGGAGGCCCCUGAUAAACGCCCCGCUUACCCAGGACGACAGUUGUUGAGGGCACUGUUAGUCAGUUAUAUGGGCCGGUUGUCAAGGAGCAGAUUGUCAGGGACCAGGAAAGUCAGCCACAAUUAGAAGAUGGUUGAUUUAUGACCUGUGAUAAAAAAUAGAGCCGCUGCCGGGGUUGGUGUGUGUCGGAACGCCUGAACGCCGCCAUCCUCAGCCACGCAUGCAGCUGGACGCGUUGAUAUGUCAGAGUGUGACAGAUAUUUCAGGGCCUGGCGCUCGCAACAUCAUUUCCCAUAGCUCCUCUCCGCACAGAUGUUCGUCCGCGCACGCCGGAUCGCACACCCCGCCGGAUAUACGCACAUACACACUUAAUGGGCAGCACUCUGCACGCAUCUCAGCUCCAGCUGUUCCAACAGUUAGCGGGACAUGGUAGAUGCCUCUAUUAGAGAGCCGCAAAUCCCCGCAGAGGUGGAGAAAAGGGAGAAGAGAUGGAGUGAGCAAUGGAUGAGGAAUGAAUGGCGGAGGAUGAACAAUGACCCCAGUGCAACAGGGAGGGAGAGAUGGAGGGGAGGGGAUCGAGCUUUGGCUCUGCAGAGUCUCACAGCCGACAUUCUGGACAUUUCUGGAUCUAGCUUCAGAGAUUUUUAGUUGGGAGCACAGGGGGGAGAGGAGCAGGCUCUGAAGGGGGGGGGAGGUGGGCGUGGGAGGGUUUUUCGAGGAGGGGGUCUUGGAGCGAGUGAUGAAUGCUGGCGGAAUGCUCCUGGAAUGUCGGACGAGGCUUUUUCAGAGGCGGCCUGCUCAAUGAGGGCAGAUGUGGCCUCGGGGGGGGGGGGAAAUGGCGGGAUCAUCAUUCCACCGCUGCUUACCUUUUCCUCUCCAACACACACACACAUACACAGAUCCACAUACAUACACAGUGGAACAUUCUCCACUCCACUGCACGGCCAUUAAAAGGGGGAAAGUUUAAGGGGGAAUUUAACCCCCAGCUGGGAGUGGGGGGUACCUCCAACCUUUGCAGAUGGUUUUAUUUACUUUUUACAAGGAUUUAUGUUUGUGAGUUUGAAGCUCCUGCCAGCUGCUGGCGGUACACCGAAGGUUAAACUCUCUAAAAUAAAGUACAGGGCUCCUGAAAUCCCUCUAUUACUGCAGCAUCUCUUUGGUGCAUGUUGUCAGCGUUCGACCAUGUCUGACCUCUGCAGAAGUCUAUAUUUUACUCCUCCAAUCCCUCCCGUUUCUUCCUUAAACCUCCAUCCCACCGACGUCCCCCCAAAGGACGGGUUGUGAACUCGCCGGGCCCGCUGUCUAAAGCGGCAUGUAGGAAGACAGGAGGGGGGGGCCCCGAGACAACACGGCGAAGCCUCCGACGCUCAGACGUAUCCUGCAGGCUUUCAGGCUAUUAGCUUUCUCCACGUGUCUCGAAGGUCGGAUCUCUUUUCAGCAGUUAAUAAUGUUUCCUGUUACACCGGGAUGAACCAGUGUGGGUGGAUUAACAGAUAAUAGGCAGCACGAAGACAUGGGAAAAAGACACGGUGAGCUUUCUGCACAGUGACCCAGUGUGGGAGGUAUGCAGGCAGGCUCUGAUAAGGGCCCGACUGCUAACUGCUUCCUCCUUUUCCUUCUGAAUGCUAAUCAGGAGGAGCAGGAGACGGCGGUAUUGGCUGCUUUCUUUUCUUUCCUCAAUUGAGCGUGUGUUUGAUUCCUUCCCUAUCCAUGUCUCGUCCUCUCCUCUCCUUCUUUUUCGGAGCAGAGAUCGCUGGUACAAGGCUUUGCAGAUUUAGCACCGAAAUGAGAGGAGGCCUUUGGCUCUUAAUUCGUUGUAGACAUGUUUCUGUGUGUGUGUUUGUGUGUGUGUCGAGCUCUCAGUUGACUCUCGCCAUAUGGAGGGGCUUCAUUUGCAUAGUGUAUUGUUCCCCUGGCACAUGGUCUCUUUUGAGUUUUAGCCAUAAUAUACUCAAGUCUGUCUCUUGUGACCAGCACAUGAACACACACACACACACUCUUGUUUUGACCCCUUUGACUCGAUCAGCCGUCCUCACACACACAAACACGCUCUACCCUCCUUUUUCUUCCACCUCUUGCUCUCCCACCGCAGCAUCUGAUCCCGGGAUUUGUUUGGGAUUCUCCGGGAUUCGCGCUGACUCUCUCUUUUAUCAGUGUGUCCUUGCGUGCGUGUGUUUUGUGUCAGUACGUGUUUCUCCUGGCCGGGCACAUGAAUUUAAUUACACAUCAGCCUCCACCCGAGCCGCCUUUGAUAUCUUCCAAGGAGACAAAAUCUUGUUUAGCUAGCCUUGUUGAGGGUAGGAUGUGCUACAGCGCUUUCAUACACACUCAAACACACACUGAUACUAUUAUUGAAGGCAUUCCUGUGACUUACAUCCCUGCCAAAGACCUCGCUGAUGUGGCGAAACGCCAAACUACAAGCUUUAACUCUUGAGAUGUUAACAACGUGGUUAAUUUGUGUACUUUUACCGCCGUACUUCUCUUUUCUGACUCAUUAAAACGAAGCAAUUAUCCGCACACAAACCCACGUCUCUUAGACAAAGCACUGGCAAGAAAGAAAAGCUUGGAAUGUUCAUAUCAAGCCAAUGUUUGUCUCAAUUAUCUAAGAUGUGGUAAAAACUGAAAGCGAGCCAACGUGUCGAGGAUAUUUCUCCGCGGCGUAACUGUGCAGGCAUACCUUUCGUCAUGUGGCAGAAAGGAAUGAAGCUCACAGGUUUCGCCUUGUUGUGCAACAAAUAACCGCCAACAAUGACGUGGUGGAGUGCUCAUGACAUACUGGCGCUGGAGUUCAUCAAAACCGUUGAUAAAAUUGACGUGACCUGAAAAGGUUUGUUCAUAGAUAAGGGUGUGUCGUUCGUGCGGCAUUUCAAGACUGUUUGGUGUCACAUAGUUGUUCAUUGUCAGAAUAAUCAAUCAGCGACACGAUACACCAACUUUGUUAAGACCAGAUCUUCUUCUCAAUGAAGAAAGUAAAGUUAAUAAACACAAUGAAUAAAAUGAGGUACAUCAUUUGGUUGUCACUUUUUAGCCAAAAUUCGAACUUUCAUUUCAACUUUAGGGGGAAAAAUUCAUACUUAAACUGUAACCAGCUUUUUUAAAAUCAUAAUGACACAGUAAACCAGCGCAUCAGGCCGCCUGAUGUAGCCUGUGGUGUGAUCCAGCAGAGGGCGCUAUGGUAACCUGGCUGCUCCCACGCACUCUUGACCUCAGUAAGCUAAUACAGUGGUGUUAUGGUGCGUUCGAGUUACCUCGGAAGUCAGAAGCCCGAGCUGAAAAUGACGUCACAACCGAGUUACCAGCGUUUCAGUGACCAAGUCGGAAAAAAACUUUCGUAGAUGUAGCCAUCUUGUUUCGCCUCCGAUUUUGCUUUUUUCCAACUUGGUAACUAAAACUGUGGGAACUCAGGUGUGACGUCAGUUUCAGCUCGGGCUUCUGACUUCCGAGGUAACUCGAUUAUUCUCCAAAAAUAGAGGACACGGUCUCUACCCUUAUCUUGUUUCUGGUUGUAACGUAACUUUAGGUAAAACGGGUGAUUUUGUGAACUUUUUCUCCACUUUUUGAUAGUUAAAAAGGAAGCAUGUUUACCUAUUACUGAUAUCUAUGUUUUAUUUUUGCUUUUUUUGGUAACUUUCCCUUUUAUUUUAGUCUUUUAUUCCUUUGGACAAGCAUGUUGAGCUGUGGGAUUCAUCAAAUUCCAAUCUUAUUUACGAUUAUGGCUUCCCACAGUCCUGAAAAUUAGAUAAUAGACAUUAAACUAUUACCGUGCCGCAUGCCAUGUUGUGCUUGUUUUGUCCCAUGCAGUGACUGGAGUACACCCUCCUCUUUUCCCCUCACAGCAGAUGCGCUCUCCCCCUCGUCUCAAACAGCUUUCAUUUGAACUUCACCAUCAGGAGCUCAGAGUGUUGAGUCACAAAGUGCAAAGAAGUCAGAAAAUGAGGUAGAUCUUAAACCACAAAGGUAGAGGAGAUAAGGGAGAGGAGCUGGAGAGUUUUAUUAUGAGUUCAGGAUGUUUAAGUACAAGUUUAAAAGAGUGCUGAGGUCUUGUAAAUGCAUCUGGUGUAGAUAUUAAAAAAUGUAUAACUGUGUUUUAUUACCACGGUUAUGUUACACCUUCACCUACACCUGUUUUUGCUCCUCGCUGAACUUUUUUAUGUCUGCAUGCCCAUUAAAGGCGAUACUUUUUGGCUGUCUUUUAAAUAGACGUCGAGUUUCACGAGCUAGCGAGCGCUCUGGCUUUGACCCUUGGCCUCUGUUUACUUUAAUUUGAGUCGACUGAAUAAACAUGUCAGCCAAGACAAAUUUUUCCUUUCCAUCAGGCGUCUUUAUGUUGUUUUUUCCCUUUCAAUUCGAGAAAAAAGAAAAAAAUCCUCAAACUCGGGCUGAGCUUGUGCUGGAGUCUUAUGCCAGCGAAGUUCUAUAUGUGGAAAAAAAAGGAGGUUUCAUGCCAAAUCCAACCAGGUGGCACUAAUUGUGAAAGGAGCUUGAGAUCCCGAUAGAGGCUGCCAGACUGGAAAUUAAUUUAGCUCUGAUUUUAUUGAUGUUAAAAGGCUCCAAAUAUGAAAAUGAUUUUUAUCCUGCUGUUGGAUUCUGGCUGAUUCAUCCUGGGUGGGGUCUUCAGCAAUAUUCCUAAUAGUUACUGACAGCACGAAUGCUUAUUGAAGCUGACACACACACACGCUCUGUCCUCCGCCGUGAUGAGUGUUGGGGUCCUGAUGCUUUGGUAACUUUCUAUCCCGCUCAGUUGGCAAGGAGCGUUGCCAGGCCGACAGCUGCUCCGACUUCACAUUCCCUCGCAUGUGAUCCCGGAUUGGAAACUCAGGGGAGGGUCCGACACACACACACACAUAUCCACGCAGUGUGAAACACAUGUACUUAUAGGGGCACACAUGCACCAGCUUACACUCAAACGCACACAUAUCCACGCAGGGAGGAAGGGGGGCUGAAGAGCUGCAGAGGCUAGAUGUCACAGGCUGUAUAAUAGAGGGAUGCCCUCUUAAGCCGCUUCACACCAGAACCCAGAAAAUCAAACUGUCAUAUCAAUGAGCAGCUUCACCCGCAGAAAGAAAAACCUCUCUUCUCCUCACUUUUUCUUUCUCAGCCUCUCUUCUAUCUCUCUCCCUCUUCCUUUUUUUCCCAUGCCUUUCUUGAAAAGCAGGUUUUGAAGUUUCGUGGCAGGCUGAGCAGGCUUUUCAAUUAUUUUCGGUGUCAUUCGCAAUGCUUUAGGAGAUGAGAGGAGCAGGGGGGAAAGAGAGAGCUGGAGAACACGGGUGCUGCCGUUGUUGCGUCGUCUGGUGCUGUUUGUGGCGAGGCUAAAUGGAGAGCUAAUUCAAUUUUAGCUUUGACCAAAGGCCAGGUUGCUUCUGCUAAAAGCCCGCUUGUAUCAAAUGCGAACACAACAUCUGUUUUUUUUGUAAUCUCAUUCUUCUUUUCAGCCAAUCGGGGACGUCAAAAAGAGCAGGAGCUUUUGAUCUAUACACCGUUUCUUCCCUUCAUCAAAUUUUUACUAAAAGGUUUUCACGAUCCUGGCAUUUCUAGUUCUUCUCUUGGUUUUUAUACGGAAUUAACCGCCUUUGAAUCUCCAAAUGCACACUCAAUAUGCACCCGACAGAUGGUGCGUGGCUCCUCUGUUUUUCUUCCUCCUCUUUUUUUCCCUGCACCUCUUGUGUUUUUUUUUUCCUCUUCACUAGAUAGUAACAAUUUGCUGCUCAGUGUUUGUUAGCUGCACGUUAUUGUGCGUUUGUUUGUUCUGCUCUCUUUCUCUCUGUCACAGAUGCAGCCUGAAAUCACGUCUGUCACACUGGCCUUAAUCUCGGGGUUAGCAGCUGCCAGUUGAUCGUGUGUGCGCGCGUGUGUUUGUGUGCGUUCGAAGCACUGGCGUGUUUGCGUUGGUGAGAUGUCAUGUGGAAAAAUCAAAUAAGCAAUUAAAUUCCUCUCGCCGCUCGCAUCACCUGAACGGAUCGGUAAAUGUUAGUUAGUUUGAGGCCAGUUUGUGGAGGAACAGUUUGACGUUUUUGGCAAAGUGUUAAUUCACUCUCCUGCCAUGAUUGUGAUUGAACAAUUGAUGAAAGUUGUGUUUUUAUCUUACCUGUAAAUGUGAACUACACCAAGCAGAAGACUGGAAACAAAGUGGAGGGCAGCUGGUCUGGCUCCGUCUAAGGCAACACCUUAAUUGGGACGCUUAAUCUCAAAUGUUGAACCAGUGGAAAAAGAGUGACAAGAUGCAGCUUUGUGAAUAAAUAUGUGAAAUAUGGUCACGGUUUCUCAGUUUGCCUUCUGCUAUUUACAGUAGUAAUAGGGCAAAAGGGAAUACAUGUGUCAGCUUAUGUGACAUGAUGAAGCAAAGUGAAAUAAAUACUACGAAGCCACUCAAACGACACCAUCAGCAGCACAUAUGUUUAUUUUCUAGCCCAGACGACAUGAGGACGUUAGUAAAACAGUCCUUCUGUUCAUGUUCACACACUUUCUGAUACAUUUGACCUUUAACCCGAGCAUUGAGACAUGAACCAACAAGGAGGUCUGAAGGCCGGUGGUGCUAGCUCUGCUAACCAUAGCUACCCUUGGUAAACCAGUAUGUUAUUAUUUACCCUUUGAUUGGAAUGUCUUAUAUACAGGGUUAAAAAGGCUUAAAAUAUCUAAAAUUCUGUUAAAAUCUCAUGAAAUGUCUUAAAUAUGAUUUUGAAAUUAACUCUACUAACAAAUAAAUAACGUGCCAUACGAAUAAAGAUUGAAGUAAUGUAAAAUGCUCAGAUUUUCCUUCAUAUCUUUUGUAAUUGUUUGCCCGUAUGGAUGUUAAAUGGUUUUUAAAUUGUUUUCAUUAUGGUCUUUAAAAAGUCUUACAUUUGACUUGUUGAAACCUCUAGACACCCUGUAUAUAUUUUUUUCUUUUGUUUAUGUUUAAAGCUCCUCUUAGCAUCCUUAUCCUGUCCACUUUUUACAGUUAAGCAUAUCAUAAAUGUGAAUUUAUCAUGUGAAAAUUGUAGAACAGGGUUGUUUUUUAGCUGCCUGGCUGACUCCAGUCCAAGGCAUCAAAAAUUGCAAUAUAAAAAAAUCAUCAGUUUUGUCGCUAAUAGUCUUGUUUUCCUCUAUUUGUCAUAAGAAGACAAUAACAUGAAUUUCAAGGUCAAAAAAGUAAAAAAAAGAAACCUCACAGGAGUUUUAAAUUACAUGGAAAUUAGCUGCUUCAGAAGAUCAGGUGGAUAAUAAGAGUCCAGAAGGCAAGGAAGGCUCGUGACGAAGAUAUGACCCUUUUGAAAAACAGAAACCAUAGUAGAUAUUGUUUUAGUUUAGAAAUGAAGAUUUUUAAAGUUUUUUUUUUUCUCCAUUCGUUCCUCGUUUUUGUACCAAGCAAGGCCAGCAGACUCCUAGAUGUUGCUUUGUAUGUGGCAAACAGAUGCAAAAGAAAAAAUUGACCUCGAUCAGAAUCUUGCCAAGAGAAGAAAGCACAUGGGUGAAACUCAUUAAAAGUUUCAGGGUAAAACAAAGUUUGGUAAAACUGAGUAUGGAAGAGAAGGAUAGAGAGAAUGAAGGAGGAGGAAGGAAGGAUGCCACAGCCUCGCAGCUCAUUUGAGGCAUAGCUGAGGCUGUGAGCUUGAGUUACACUGCCAAACAAUGGGCUUCUUUCACCCACAUUUACCCACCCUGACACACAUAUACACACUUACACACAAACAACACACACACACACACAGUGGCUCUGUCUUUAAAACUGUUGUUGCUCCUGUUGCACAAUAUUUGGCUCUUAUUAUUUCAUUAUGCCCCCUUCUUCCUGCUCCCCUGCCUCUCCACCCUUUUCUGGUUUUAAUUUUCUGGGCUGCUUGUUUUUGUCAGACUGAUUGGACAAUGUGUGUUUGUGUGUGUGUGUGCCUGUGUGUGUGUGUUUGUAUGCAGCGCUGCCCUGUCACAUGUAUCCUGCCUGUACCGUGUUAUUUCAUAUGAUAACAAAGGGUAAUUUUAGCUGUGAAAUCCCUCUGACACAGCAGCAUAAUGAGAGGGAGAAAAAAAAAAGGAGCCCAAGUGAAGUGAAUGUCAUCUUAUUCCCCAAAUCCCUGGAAUUUUCUUUUCCAUUUUCCCCUCUUUCUCUCUCUUUCUGUCUCGCAUGUGAUGCGCCCCUCCAGGCAGUGCUCAUUAGCCCUUUGGCCCGCUCUUAACAGGUGGGGCAUGUUUGGCACAGCCCUCCGACAUGCAGUCAGGCUUAAUUGGGCUUGGAGGACCCCUCACCCAUACACACAUGCAUACAUCACUCAUAUGCGUCCCCCUCUCCCUCCUCUCCCUUCACACUUUUCCCUCCUUUUCUUAAAGAGCCAAUUGUCCCCUUCCUAUUCCCCAGGGUGAGGUUGUGAUUCCUGGGUUUGGGGAGCGUAAAUCCAGCCUCAGGCUCGGCUCCAGGCCUCCUGGCCGCCCCCUUUUCUUUCUCUCUGUCAAGAGAUAAUGACCACUGCUCCUUAUACUCAUUCAUGUGCAGACGUAACCCUGAGAUGUUAUAAUGUAAAGGUCCUUUCACACCGGGACCGUUUUUUACGUAAUUAUGAUUAUUUCGGACGUCAGUAUUUUUUUUUUCAAACUCGUAUAUUGCGGCAUUUAUUUUUUCGUAUCACGCCGAAUUUUCUACAGUUUCGCAUAAUGUGUGUCCACUUCUGACCAAUCAGAUUGCGUGUUGUUACGACGUCAGAUUCACCAGUAUAGCCAACAUGGCCGACUGGCUGAUUGUUUACUUGUCGGAGAACAGAGUGAUUUUUGAUAAAAAACACAAAUAUUACAAAGAUAACGACCUGAAGGACAACUUGUGGAGAGUCAUAGCGUCGAAUCUCUCAUAUGACGAUGGUUCGUGUGCUUUAACAGUUUGCUAAACGUCUUUGUUAUUACUUUCAUCUGUGCUAAGUAACUUUAGCUCGUAAGCUAACCUGUUCAGAUACAACAUACCAUACCUUUCUCCCCCUGGAAAGUCGCAAAAUCGCAUCGAGCUUGAUGUGUUUAGUCAGGCGCGUCAAAAUUGUCCUCCGAAUAUUUCGUAAUUUCGGGGUCUAUAGUCGUGUCGGCCCCGGUGUGUAAGGACCUUAAUAAUGUUAUGUAGCCAUUAACCAGGUCUCCACAGCUGGCUAGUAUCUUUAUUGACAAAUACACUAAUAGUCAGGCAGUCAGUGAAGACAUUGGAUCCCCUAAAUAACUCCCCUGCACACGUCUGUGGUUGAAAUUUGCAUUAGAACAAGGAACAGCUUGAAGAAAUGACGCUUCGGGGUGACCUUUCUCCUGUUUUGGUUCCUGUUUUCUGUAGUUUCCAGGUUCCAGUUUGAUGACUUGAGGGCUGUAAUGGGACUGAGUCUUCCCUUUUUUUGCCUUCACUUCUGCCUCUCUCCCAGCUGAUCUCUUUGUUUCUGCUUCUUUGUGUCUUCUUGUUUGGAGAAUUUUUUUUUAACCUGCCUGCCUCGGGGAUUUUCCCCCUACUUAUCCCCCAACCCUCCCUUUCGCUUUUACUUUCAAGGAUACCCAGGGACUGGGAGCUAUCCUCAUGUGACUCUGCUGUUUUUUAUUUAUUUAUUUGUGCUUCAGUGUGUGUGUCUCUGUGUGUGUGUGUUGGCUGUCUUGGUAAACCUGGAGCAUCACCACACCUUCCGUAUUUGUAUCUGGGUAAUUACAGCCGAAAAACCAUUUCUAUUUUUACUCUUUUCUUGGUGACACUUCCUUGAAAGCGUGUCUGCGGCCUCUCUUUUAUACACACACACACUUUAUUCCACUUCUGGCACAUUUAUAUCCAAUUAUCCUGUUUAUUCACACACAAAUAACUCAAUUUUUCAAACACACACACACACACACACACACACACACACACACACACACACACACACAUAGAUGUACAGGAGUGAAAGAAACUAGUGUACAUGUUUGUGUGUGUUGGUUUAGCAGCACAGGGCAGGUGGGAAGGUUUGAAUGUUAACUGCCUUAUCACUCCAAUUUCACACUCUCGCCCCCAGUCACACACACACACAAAAUCACACAAUGCUCAGGCACAGAAACACCCUGUUGCCUGCAGUCUCGUAUGUGGUGACUGAUUAACGGGGGAAACAGGGGGGUCACACACAAACACACACGAAAACAUACACACACACACACACACACACACACACACACACACACACACACACACACACACCCUAAUCCCGACCAGAGGGGAUGUUUUGUGUGUGCCGAGUGUGUUAAUGAGUGUGUGUGUGCGCGGCUGCUUCUGUAAUGGGGCCACCUGUCUGCUCAUUAGCCUCGUUAGCCUGCCUUUUAAUUGGCCCCCAAAUUCUGCAUCACGCCUCCUCCUCCUCCUCCUCCUGUUUCUCCUUCUUCUUCUUCUCAUUCCUCCUCCUUUUUCGCUCCAUCUCUCUUGGCGAUUUCUCUUCAUCGCGUUAAGUGAGCCACAGGGACGUAUCAAUAAUCUGACAUCAUCAUACAGGGAGGAUUAUGUCAUACAGUGCAGGUGUGUGUGGAGGGAUUGGGCGGGGUAAUGGGAGUGCAGCAUGGCCAUAUGUCAGAGUAUUAGCAAAGUGAUUGCUUUGACCUCGGUAUCAGGAGGGUUAUGAAUAUAACGCUGGGUGGAGGAGAAUUUGUACACACAAACACACACUCUCUUUCUCUGCGCACACACACACAGGGCCAUCAAGUUGAUUUGUGUUACCUUGAAAAACCUUAAGCCCUCUUGUCUGGCUCUCACCCCCUCUCCUUUGGAGCGGCAGAAUUAUGAAACAGACUCUGAAUACUGUAUUUUUUCUCACUACAGUGUUCACACUUAUAGCCAUUAUUAUUUGUCUCAGCAGCAGGAAACUGCAGCAGAUUGUUUUAUGGAUUUUUUUGCAGCUUAGCAUACAUUUUCUCUUCAAGUAUUUUCAGUGCGGUAUUUCUCAAAGUUGCUGAAAGUCCUUUUAUUUCACACCCACAGUCUUGACACUCUCAGUGCGGCCCUUAUGCGCAAGAAAACAGGUUUUUUUUCUACUUUUGGAUGUAAACAGAGCAAAAAUGUUAUUCGUAGUGAUCAGGCAUGAAACAAAUGAACAAAGGGGUUUUUGGUUGGACUUACUGGUUGAUACGUGCUGAGUCGCCAGAAUUCUGAUUGGUCAACUCGAUUUUUUUCCGCGUUCAUUUACAGUCUAUGGUUAAUUUCAUGAGGAGGAAUGUACCAAGCGCUAAUGGGGGUGUUUUCAGGGCACCCCCGUUUCACAGGUAACAGCCUGUCUUAGAUCAACUCCCAUUGUUUUCACCAUUUUGAAUUCGCCCAACCCACUGGAGACCAGCUGGAGACAGGAAGAUGGAAGAGCGUCCAUGUUAAUUAACGUCUGGUGGUUUGCUAAAAAUUUUGUUUUUAUUUUGGGCGUUUCAACUUCUAUCAGGUUUGAUUGCCUUCUUGUUCUGAUAUCAAUAUAUUUUCACCCUGCAGUGCUGCGUCUUCCCUUACCGCAGGAGGGUUUGCCUUGUUUUUGGUCGAAAAUUUCAGGGUUUUAGUCGAUCAAGAAUUUCUUUGGUUGAUUACAGCCCUAGAGCAGUGUUGUUUUUGUUGAUGAUGACGUUGAUGAAAACAGCACUGCAGAAUAUAUGUUUAGCGUUUAACUGACGAAAUGCUCAUGAAUUUUGCAACUCUGUUCGUCGUCCACCAAAAACGUUUCCAUCUAGUCUUGUCUCGUCAACGUAAACGCACAUUCGUCUCUUCACAUUUUAGUCAUCUAGGACUUAUCUUUAGCUCGUCAAUGUCAUGUCUUCGACGUGGAAAAAAGUAAACAACCAGUGUUUUUUUUUUUCUCGUUGACGAUGACAUUGACGAAAUAUUUUCAUCAACGUCAUCGUCAAUGAAAACACUGCCCUAGAGUCAAAUUAGUAUGUGUCUUUACGUAUAUGAUAGUGAUUUUUCUAAAUUCCGACUAAUGACAAGAUUGAUAGAUCAGUUUUGACCCUCAACAAGUAAUUUCCUCUGAAAUCUAACUGUCGCUAUCAGGAUGUAGUAUUUAAGUAUCAACAAAAUCACAACACAUUAAUAUUUUUGUCUUGUUUUCUUCACCAUCUUGUUCAGGGUUCACCUCUCACUCUUGUGUGACGUAAACCAAACAGACACAUCGAUGAAAAUACUCCAGCUCGAAGUUAAAUGGUUAAAUAUCACAAAAGCAAACUUCUUCAACAGUUACUUGUUCAGUUGUUGGGCAAAUCUUUAACUUUUUGAUGAGUUUAGUCAAACAUUUCCUGCCUUCAUCUUGUUUAAUCAUUGCAUCAUGUUUCUGGGUAAUUGAGUUCAGUCUUUCUUCAUUUUUUUGUAGAUAAUUAAAUCAGUGAAUGAGGACAGAGAGCAUCAAAUUGGCUGAUAAUGUCUUCUUCGUAUUAGCAGAGAUCUUAGAUAGUCGGUUAUAAAAAUUAGGGGCACUUUUUGGAGAUUUCGAAUCGGUUGGGUGUCGUACUUUAUGUGACCACAUCACUCAGAAUAAACAUUUCCUCAUAACUUAAAAUUGUGAAACGUUAACUUAUGAUCUGUGGUCAAUUGCGCAACUCUUCUCAUCCUACACCCAUCUCUUCCUCACCAAAUCCCUCUUCUUUUCACUCUCCCUCUCCCUCGCCUGUCAGACAGCACUCUGGGCUGCUGCCAGUCGAGUUACAUGAGAGAACAGGCGGCAGAACAUUCCUGCUGAACAUAGCUUUGCACUCAGGGGAUUCCCUCCCCUGUCCCUCUCUCUCCCUCCUCUCUUUGUUUGUAUCCAUUCCUGUAACUGUGAUGUCCAUCUCCAGGCCGUGGGCUACACCGCGCUACAUCUCCAUCCGAGCCAUUCUUCUCCUUGUUUCCCGUCUUUUCUGUGUUGGGUCACUGCGGAAAGGAUGUGGCGUUUCUGUGCUGAGAUGCAGCGAUCCAUGCGUGAUUUCUGCACUCAUGGCAUACGCUGCGUUUUCACACGCUCCUUCAGGCACGGUCACACGGCAACUCCUGCUCGGUUUGCCAACUUGCAUUUUUAUUGUGGAGGACACCUUAAAUGCAGAGAAACACAAUCUCAGUAGUGACUGCAGGAGCUCUGAAACAGUCUCCGAGUCAGACCAGUAUUAAAUAUCCAUCACCUCGUACCCACAAAACGUGCUUUUCCUGCCUCUCGAAUGUAAGAAAUUGAUUAUUUUUAUUGUUUUACAAAUGAGUUGGCUGAAAACCCUCAAGGUUUCUGACUGCAGACUGAACCAUUGAGUCAUAUUCAAACAUCAAGUGGAGCCUGUGGUGGUAAAAAUUUGUUUUUUGUUUUUUUAUUUCGAGACCAGACAAUCAAUUAUUCAUCAAAUCUGCAUAUCUGUCAGUGAAUGAAGAGAAUCACUCCUCACAGCCGCAGCACUGUUUUGGUCUUUGAAGCAGUUUAAGUCAGAGCAUCCUCAUCUGUGCAAACUUUACACACAUGUAAUAAUGUGCAAUCUCUUCGUUCAGAAUUUGAAAGUAAUUUGUAGAUUUUAACCGACUGACUGGAUUGUAAGGUCUGUUUAAGAGUCUUGAAACAGCUGCCUGAUCGAUCACUUUUUUCUUUCUUUAUUUCAUGACAGGAUGAUUGAAAGGCAUAAAAUGUUCAACUAAAGGUCCUUAUACACACCGGGAAAGACGCAAAUAUACAACGCGAAAUUGCGAAAAAUUCAGAGGCAAAUUUUGACGCACUUGACGAUACACAUCAAGCGUGAUGUGAUUAUGUGACUUUCCGGGGGAAAAAGACGCGUCCUGGGUGGAAGCAAGAAGACUUACAGGUUAACAAUCAAAAAAGCACUCUGUUCUCCGACACGUAAACAAUCAGCCGGUAGGCCAUGUUGGUUAUACCGGUUAAUCUGACGUCGCAACAACACGCAAUCUGAUUGGUCAGAAGUGGACACACAGUCUGCGAAACUUGAGAAAAAUCGACCGUGAUGUAAAAAAAAAAAAGCCACAAUAUCGCAGGACGGGAAAACAAUAUUGAUGUGAACGCUUGUAUUGACAGGAUACGGGUUUGAAAAAAAAUACUGACGUCCGAAAUACUCGCACGAAAGAAAUGCUCCCGGUGGGAAAGGACCUUAAGAGGCAGAAAAAGUUCCUUCCAUUGGUUUCCAGUCAAGGUUUAAAUUUGAAGCAUGAAAACGUUUAAAAUGAGGAAAAAACAGAAAAAAAAAAUAGGUGUCAGACGCAAAAUCUGAGAAAUAUCGACAGUUGGCAUGCUGUUCAAUAAGUUACUAUGUGGAUUUAAUCAUAGAGCUGCCUGUGUGCGAUGAUUCUCAGUGUGCGUGGGGUUCCACUUUAAACUUGAGCCUUAUCACCAGUGACAGUCCAUUCAUCAAAUAAGCGUUGCCAAAUUUCCAGGAUAACCCGAUCUCUGUUGGUGAACUUCUGGCUCCGGCUCUCCACAUUCCCAGGAUCUCUAAGACUCUGCUGGGAUAGAGGGUCAGUCUCAGACUAAUACUUGUACAGAGGAAGUACCAUCAUCGCUCAUCCCUGGGAGAGAUGAUUAAGCAUUUUUUUUAGAUAAAUUUCUUUCGAUGUAUUCAACAUUUAGCUCGAACAAGUCUUUCGGAAAUCGUUCUGUAUUUCCCAUUCGAUAAUUGGUAUAUUAAGGGUAGACACAUGUCUCAUAUCUGGUUUCCUUAUAUUAUUUGUAGCCCUGGUUGUGAGCUCUGUGAGUGAUUUUAUUUCAUGAUGAAGUCUAGACUUGGCCUACUUGUCCUGGUCCCACUGCUCAGCCACAUCAGCACACAGAAUAUCAAAUUGCAUCCCGAAGUCUGCAAAAACGGAGCCAGGGUGCUAUGAUAUAGAGAAAAUAUGAGUAGCUAAAAGGGAAAAUAUUUAGAAACCAUCACUUCUCGGAAGAAUCUGAUUUCUUUACAGAGGGGGGGGGGGGACAGAGAAUUUCCACAGAUUGAACCACAAUCUCCUGGACGUCUGCUUGGUUUCGAGCGUGCCCCCUCUGUGUCCCCUCUUUUCAACUCUGUCGCCAUCGUCUCCUCUUCCACUCCCCUGCUCUUUUUUUCACUCUCUGUUUUCUCACUUUGUCUGUCGUACAUUUGCUGUGUUUAAAGUCCAAACUACCAAGGCAGGGCUGUCUGAGUCCUGAGGCUGUUAUUGAUCGACGAACAAAGAAAAGAGUGGUGAGAGAGAGAAAGAGAUGGAGAGCUUGUGCAGGGAGGGGAGAGCAAGCCGGGGCAGGCAGAGAAGAAGCCUCGAGAGCUCGCCUGGACCAGAGGGUCUAUUUCUGUCUGUCUUGGUGCGUCACUAUCGGGCAGAAGACGCCCGGGACAAGCGGGACGAGAUGACGAAUGAGUCGGGGAAGAGUGGGAGGGGAAGGCAAGAGUUGAAGGUUCAAGCGAAGUCUUUAGGGGUCAGCGUUGAUUUGUUGCAGCGAAAUCAGUGACUGAAAAACAGACAGGGCAAUUUUAGACUUGGGCCUUGAGUCUGUACACCAACUCCCAUGUCUGAUUGUUCUAUUGUCUCCUACAUGAGGCUGAUACAUCUCCAACCGAACGAUCGCUGAAGGCCCAAGUGUGUUUGUUCGCUCCGUGUGCGAUCGAGUAUCUCAAUGAUGACGUGUAUUACAGUAAAAAGAAGUCUCAGAGGAAGUCUAUUUAGUUUCAAGUCCUGACAUGUCGCUCUGAACUCUCACUUCUCUAAAUACACACACACAAAUACGCACACACACACAUGGGAACAGGCUGACAUGGUUGAUAUCUUCUGCAUUUACAGCCAGCACAUUCCAUGGGACCCCUCCUCUGAAACUGAAGGGAGUGGAGACACACAGACCGGAGUGUACGAGUCUGUUCCUGGAUGUCCAGCCCCACACUCACACACACUAACACACACAAGGCUCUCUUACACAUGAACUCCUGACAUUUUCUGGAUCAUUUCAGGACAUUCAGGCUCUGAUAUUUCAGGAACUUGUCGUCCCACUCAGAUCGGAGGAUCUGCCUGUGUUGAACUCUGAAAACCAUCAUUAACCAGCAAUAACGAAAAUCAACAGAGGAGUGGUUUUCUUCUGCUUCUACUCCAACUUGACAGCCUGAUCCUACCAUUUCCUCCAUCAGUAAAUAUGACAUGCAGCUCUACGAUGAGAGUAUGAAAGUCUGGUUCUUUACAAACAUAGACACAGAAUUUUAGCCAGUUUUUAUUUAUAAUAGCUCAAGUAUCUCUGUUUUGACUCUCACAGCUCAAAACUUCACUCUGAUUUUUAGCUGGUCUCUCGUCAUAUGACAAUGAGAAGCCGUGUUUCCAUCGCGUUAAUGUUUUUUUUUGCACUUGAUUUGGACCACUUGUAAGAAAAUCAUGUUUUCUUACACCGCUGCAUCAAUUUCAACCCAAAUUGCUCACAUAGUUUGUAUUAAACAGUGUUUUUCUUGGGAGUCUGCGUGCACACUCGUUCUCACUCUCGGAUUGAUUGACUGUCUCUCUCCAGUCUGCAAAAACAGCCUUCAGUGGGCACAACAGCUUUUUUUUUUUUAAUCGCUGAAGGAAUCAGACAUGUGGGCGUCGAUUUAGAGAUCUGCAGGCUCCAUGUGCUGCAGACAGGAUUUUAACUUCCUCCACCACUGAUCUACUUUUUACUGCUUUUUUUGUCCGUCUGUUGUAAAAGGCCAGCACCAGCUCUGAGUUGCUGCCCGGAGUUAACUAUUGUGUCAGACGGCGUACAUGUGUAUUUGUAAAAAGCGCAGUUGGUCUGGAAUCAAUAAGCGUAGUGAAUAUAAAACACACCUGCUGGUUUUGAGAAAAGGUUCCAAUCCAGGAUGCAGCGAGUUUACGCUCAGAGUUACAACAUCACAUGUUUCAUUUAACUCUGUAUGUGUGACUUUAAAUAUGCUGCACAUGAUUCGGACCAGAUGUGGAUCACAGGUUGGACUCAUUCGCUUUCAACGACUAUGAACUCAGAUGUCAGAAGAUGAUACUGAUAGAUUUUUAUUACUCUCUACAUUUUAUUACUCUGUACUCUCUAUAUACUCCACAUUACAUUUAUUUUCUUGAUUUACUGUUAAAACUAUAUACAGAUCAGCUGUUGUAGGUACCAGAUGCUUGGGGCCUGGCGCCUACUGGUGAUGUGACGCUAUGUGAUUGGUUUAAAGUUGGUGCAGAUGACGUGGCAGAUUGUGGUUGGUCCGGACAUUACAAGGUGGUUUUCGCCAGGUUGGGUUUCAUAGGGUUGUAGAUCUUUGGGGAAAACAUGGAAGUAUUUUACGAAGCAAUCUAUCGCUACUUAGCGAAGAGGACUUGCGACAGCCGGACUACCGCCUCUUUUAGGUUGCCGAAGGAAAUGUGGUAUAAAAGCAAAACUAUCUAUUGAGAACAGAGAUCCUGCGUACAUUUUGUUUCUUUUUUCUGAAGAAAAGUUAACAAACACAUUUAAAGCCAUCAAAAAAUUACAAUACAGAAAGUUGUGACUCUCUGUAUUACAUGGCGAGAAAAUUUCAAGACCGAUUGAAUGAACAAAUGGAAAUCAAGAAAACUGCCAGGGGCGUUUAACCAAGCACAUUGGACCUAUUAAAUGGAGCGCAACGUCGCUGGGCCCCGAACACAUUGGGCACCUACACCAUGAUAGAGUAUUUAUAGAUGAGGUUUACAAAUUAUUGGUGUGUCCGAUUCUCAGGGCCCAUAUCUGGUAAUUGGCAUGAUCGAUUAUCUGUAUUAGAGUUUUAUAUUGGUGGCCAAUACUGAUACCAAUUAUCAGUAUAGAACCAAUAUUGGUCCACCUCUGUUUCAGCUGGAAUCUGACCAGACAUGGACCCUUAGACCCCUCGAGAUGUGUUGUGGUAUCUGACACCAAAGUGUUACCGGCAAAUCCUUUCAGUCCUGUCAUUCUAGAGGAGGGGCCUCCGUGGAUCAGAUCAGCCUUGGUCCAGCUCAUCCCACAGAGGCUUGAUUGGAUUGAGAUUGGGGAAAUUCAGAAGCCAAGUCAACAACUUUAACUAGAUGCCAUGAUCCUUGUGUAGUUCUAGUGCUGGUGUCCUAUUUUAGGAGCUUUCAGUGGACACAGUCAGGGAGCCCUGACUGCUCUGUGGCUUCACAGCAUCAUACACAACAAACAGCGGUGCGCUGUGUUCUGGCACCAUUCUGUCAGAGCAGCGUUAAAGUUUUUCAGUAACUUGAGCGGCUGCACCGACUAUUCUGUUGAACCACUCUCUCCACACGCUUCAACGAGCCUUCCUUACCCGGCUACGACCCUCGACUACUUUUGGUCGAUGCUGACUACUACGGAUCAGAAACACCCAACGAGAUCUACAGUUAAGCCCUUGUCAAAGUGGCUCAAUUAUGACGUUAACAUGUAAAUGGUCUCAAUGCCAUGGCUGAUGGGUGCUGAGGGGAUAAGGUUGGCGCCCAAUCGGUGGCCAUUUGGUGCGUUUCUUCGCCGCUCUUCCCCACAUUUGUUGACGCUCUUCCACUUUCUUUUGCUAUAAGGAUGAUGGCCAGAAAUAAUCUUUUAAAGAACGAUAAAAAUGGCAAAUUAAGUAGCUGCGUGAGUGUGAAAUGUCAUUUGACACUUGUUGCAGCUCUACUUUGGUGUAUAGAUGCAGUAGAAACAUCAAGCUGUGACAACCAGGAAAUAUAACACGAGAGGGUGAACUUGUUGAUACAAACAGAAAAGAAAUGCUCCACUUAGUGACUGUUGUCGUCUAGCUUUGAGCCGAGACAUAUCUAGGUCGUGAAAUCGAAGGAAAAAUGUAACUUUCUCUCACAAAUCACAGCAUCUAAGUAGUGACUUCUUUUCCCACCUUCUACUUUCGCAAGUUUCCGUACAUCUAUGCUGUGAUUUUCCUUUUCCUUUUUAAACCCGAUUCUUCAGGUUCAGGUCCAUUUUCAGAGGCAGGGAAGCUCCGCGCUGUUCAGUGGAUCUGGUUUCGACAAACAUCCGUACACUAUUAAUAAAUCAUAGCCGCUCUAGUCUAUGCUGUGGGAUGCGUCACCGUGUUUAUAUGUGCGUGCCUGCAUGCGUAAAUCACUCUUUGAGCCAUAACCUUCUGUUUAAACAAGACUUGAGAAGUUUUUCACACUCUCCUGAGACAGAUGGAAGAAAACAGCGUUUUAUCUUUAGUGUAACGCAGACAUAAACUACCUCCAGUUUUUUCUUGUGCUGCUGCUGCUCAAAAACACUCUCACUUUGCGUCACCUAAAUUGGCAUCCUGCGCAUGUGAAAUUGUAGACCUCACUUUAAUUAAUCACUCCAGCCUUUUAACAACACUACAUAAAACUCAACCGGCGCAACCAAACGACUUUAACCUCACCAUCCUUCAAUUUGCGGCGGAGCUGCCAGGAUGUUGCUGUGGGGCUGCGGUUUGAGAUUUUUUAACAAAAACAACUCGCACACUGUAAUAACGUUGAGACACGUGCACAGGAGGGCGAAUAAGUGAUGAGCAGAGAGAAGGAAGAAGACGGAGAGAGGGGGGAAAAAAAUCUAAGCGGAAAAGGAAGAGAGGUCAAAGAGAGAAGGUGGAGGUUGUAGAGGUGGUGAUUUGUGACCCGCAGAAAAGCGUCAAAGGCCUCAUUUUCCUCUGAGCUCUGAGAAACCAUAACAAGCCCGGGCGCUCGCUCACUCGCUCACUCUGCGCUGUGUGUUUCCUCUUGAUAACACUCAGGAAACUCACACUCACUCUUUUUUUUUUUGCAUUCAGACUCGACCGUUAUCUCUUUCAGAGAGUCAGCACUAGUCCAUUUUUGACUCGCAGCCCCUUAUUUUUACUGAUAUCAAACAAAUUUGACAACUUUGGCGCAGAGUUUCAAGCGUUUCCUUCGGUAAUUGGACCCUUGUCGAGGUGGGAAAGCCUCACGCAUGUGCCAUUCUCACUUAUUUACAGCACUCGUCAACACGGAUGUGCGGGGAAGAUGUGAAAAAAGAGGGGUCACAAAAAAGCUCUUGAAAACAGACGUGUUUCCCUUUAAUUCUCCUUUUUUUUUUUCUUUUUUUUUUUACUUUUAACCAGCUUUAUUAGAUUUAUUCCACUCUCUCUUACAGCUUCGGUUUGAACUCAGUCGCAGUGAUGGAGAUUUAUUAAAAGAAGAAGGAAGUGAGAUUUCAAAGACAAAAAGUGUCCUUGUUCUGUCUGAUUCCCACUGCGGGCCACACAAUGGCUCCAUCACACCUCCCCUCUGCCAACACUCGCUUUUUAUCAGCCCUCUCUCUACAAGCCGAAUAAAUCUCCACAAUUGGUGAAGCAUGUUUGACACCUGAUAAACGCCGUUUUAAGUGUUUUUCCACCAGUGUCAGACGUGUUCUUCUAUUUGUUGCAGAUAACAAAAUAAGAAAGACAAGCAGGUGGAAAUUGCGAGAAGAAAAAUGUGUCAAACGCAGCCUGAAAGAGCGGCUGCAAACUCCUAACCCUCAGCCAGAGGAUGAUGUGCUAAAAUCAUGUCGGGGGAGAGAUUGAGCACGGCGUAUUAGCUUUGAAGUUAAUUUGACAAGUGCGAGAAAGCUUCAAAUAUGAGCGGCAUCACCUGUGAAAAAAAAAAAAAAAAAACCCUGCUGUCGCCUCGGAGGAUGAGGGAGAGUGCAUGAGUGUGAGUGAGUGUUCAGGGGAGUGGACUGGCUGCUUGGUAAGUAAAUGUGUGUGUGGGUACGUGUGUGUGUGUGUGUGUUGAAACAUCAUUACCCAGGGAUCUGAGCACACGGCCAGACAUCAUUAGGCUUUAAGGCAAGAAUGUCUCCACGGCACCGGUUCUGCAGUCUGACCCAGCAGACUCGACAGGCAGGCACACCGUUUAAGAUCAUUUAUUUGGGUUUUGCAUGUAUGCUUGUAUCUGUGUGUGUUUGUGUGUGUGUGUUUAUGUGCAUGUUAUUUAUUUAUUUAGCCUGGUAAUAUGCCUGAGCCUUCAUUAUAGCUGGAGCCAUAACUUUGAUAAAUCACUUGGGCUCGGGGCCCUCACUGCUUUCACAGUAUUAGAAAACUAAUUGAAAUUCUCUUCCGCCUCCUACUCUUCCUCUCUCCCUCUCUCUCUUUCUCUCUCCCUCUUCUUCUUCCUUUCUACGUCUUUCUUUCUGUCUUCUCUCUCUCUCUCUCGUUCUCUGUUUUUCACCCUUUCCCUCUUUCAUAUCUGGUGCCGGGGCCAAAAAAGCGCCGUGUUUUUUCAGCAGCAUAGAAGCCAAAAGGGGGAAAAUGUCAUCACUGAUUUAAUAGGCGUAGUCUCACUCUGAAACACACACACACACACACAAGCACACACACACAUAAACACACUUAGGCACAAACACACACUGCACUCUGGGGAGUGUUAGGAAUCCUGAUAAUGUCAUCAUAGGAAUCUCCAUAAUGUACCCGGGUCUCCUGCAGGCUCCAGUUUGACUGUGCCUCUCCUCUUCUCCACUCUACUCUCCUCUACUCUCUUCUCCUCUUUCCUCCUCUCCUCUCUUUUCCUCUUCUCUCCUUUCUCCCCUCCUGUCCUCUCCUCCACUCUACUCUCCUCUUUCCUCAUCUCCUUGCCGCUCCUCUAUUCCUCUUUCCUCCUGUCCUCUCUUUUCCUCUCCUCUCCUCUCCUCCUUCCUCCUCUCCACUUCUCUCCUCUCCUCUUCUCUCCUCUCCUCUCCUCUACACUCCUUUUUCCUCCUCUCCUCCCCAUUCCUCUUCUCUCCUCUCCACUCCUCUCCUCCUCUCUUUCUCCAGCCCUCUUUUCUCAUCUCCCCAGCUCUUCUCUUCUCUCCUUUCUUCUCUCUUCUCCUCUUCUCUCCUAUUCUCUCCUCUAUCAACUUUCCCUCUCUCCGAUACCCUCUUCUCAUCUCCUUUCUGCUCCUUUCCUCCUUUCUCCUCUACUCCCCUCUUCUCUCAUCUCCUCUGUUCUCAACUUUUCUCCACUCCUCUCCUCCUUUCUCUUCUCCUCCCCUCUUUUCUCAUCUCCCCAGCUCUUCUUUCCUCUCCUCCUUUAUCCUCUCAUUUCCUCUCCUCUCCUCCCCUCUUCUCUCAUCUCCCCUGCUCUCAACUUUUCUCCCUUCCUCUCCUUCUAUCGCCUCUCCUCUCCUUCUUUCUCCUCUCCUCUCCUUCUUUCUCCUUUCCUCUCCUUCUUUCUCCUCCUCUCUCUUUACCUUUCCUUCCCUCUACCCCAUCUCCUAUCCUCUCCUCCCUCCCUGUCUGCCCCCUUGAUUUGAUCCGGGAUGAGAUUUAGGUUGAGGUUGAUGGGAUUUACCGUUUAGAUACUUGUUUCUCUGUUAACCCCCCUACGCCCCCCUCCUCUUGCGUGCCCCAGGAUUGAGGGUCUGUUUGGUUCGUUGCCUGGGAUCUCCCAGCUGCCACUGGAUUUAGGGUUUAGUCAUCUCAUUGUCCAUGAUCCCCCCUCUGCCUCCUGACUUGAUUCAUUUGUGGAGAUCUCUCAGCGCUGCGGCUAAAGCCGGGGUGUGGUUGUUUUGUUGCGCAGGACCCCUCCACCUCCACCACCCCUCCACCAACCCUUGGAUGAAAUUUGUUUUUCUUUUGGGGGUUAGUUUAUUUGAUUGCCCAUGAUCUGUUUGCAGGCUUUAGAGUUUUAUUGCUUUAUUGUUCGGCACCAUCUCUCAGCUGUUGCGAGAUUUAGGAUUUGGCUGUUUUGUCGCGCAUGAUCUCCCUGGUGCAGCUGGAUUUCGGAGGGUUUUAGUCACUUCUUUUUUUAAUAUCCACACACUGCUACUGUGACACUUAGGGCUUUGUGUCCACCAAGCAACCCCUCCUCUCUCUCUCUCUCUCUCUCCCUCUCUUGCCGGGUGAAGCUUUGUAGUGUGAAGCCAAAGAUUUAGCAGUGGAAGCAGAGAGACUGUGUGUGAAUGUGUGUGUUAAUGUGAGGCGGUGAUUUUUCGUGGAGUUCUGUCAGCACACAAAAUUCCCUCUGCAAACAUUCCUCUGACGUGAUGCAAACCCAGGAGAGAAGAGGAAGGCAGUGUGUUUUUGUGUGUUUCUGUGUGUUUUCGACCACCGGCGUGCGUCUGUUGCUCGGAUAAAUCCAUACCAUCACUCUUCAGACACACUGUGGGCACAUAGCCACACAUAAACACACACACACACACACAAACUCAGAGCAACAUUGCAUGCGUGUGCGGCUAAUGAGGAUGUGUUGAUUGAUUAGACUGCAGUAAUUAGCUGGAGUGUGAAGGCCUGGAAAGGUCUCCGCUCUGGUGGGAGUGUCCCCUCUGGAGACACGCUGAACUGUUUCACGCACCAUUAUGUUUCACACCGCAGAAACAGUCCCAUCCAGAUCUCAGAUACGGGAUGAGUCAUCUCUCGGAGGCAGACUUUGGUGGGAGUGUGAAGCGUGAGGAGGGGUGUUUGCUGUGUGCGUUGGGACAUAAGGAUGUUUGCCGCGCCGAGAUGUGUGUGUUGCACAGUGAGAUGUGCUUGUGCCAGCAGUUUCCCUUCCUGCACAGAGUGGCCUGAGCGCUGACCUGAUCCCCCCCUCCUCCUGACAAAACAACUCCUUCCCCCUCACCCCUUUGUCCUCCCCUGGAUCAUUUGUAGUUCAGCUUCCCGUCCGUGUCCCAGAUUUCUUCUGUGCGUCACACCGCUGCUUCUAGUAAACGCAAAUAAUAUGGAAUUAAGUAUGGCAGCCACCUCUAUGUGUAGACCUCUUCCUGCUGAGAGUAUGGCAUGAGGAUGAACUGCAGCGGGAAAGCAUUGUAGACAGUGCCACCAUAUGGGCAACUCUGGAAGUGCACGUAAAGCAGAAAUAUUACAGCUAUAACCCUCCAUUUAUCACCAUGUCCUUAUACAUUACUGUACUUUUCAUUUUGUUUGUUUUUACUUUAGGUAAGGUGAAUUUAUGAUCUUUUAUUAGUUGUAUGCAAUCAAAGAUCAAUUUCUCAUGCUUCUCUUUUCUCUCAUUCACAGAAAGUUCUACUACAUCACUCUGCUGAGGGACCCCGUGUCUCGAUACCUCAGCGAGUGGCGACAUGUGCAGCGCGGGGCCACGUGGAAAACCUCCCUGCACAUGUGCGACGGAAGGACCCCGACGCCGGAGGAGCUGCCUUCUUGCUACGAGGGCUCUGACUGGUCAGGCUGCACCCUGCAGCAGUUCAUGGACUGUCCUUACAACCUGGCCAAUAACAGACAGGUACCAGAAUAAAGAAGUUCAGAUACUGCACCAGUCACUCUGAUAUUAUGUAUGGUGAAAAAAACAGAAUCAGAAGUUUGUCUGUUAAGGUUUGUUUUUUCAGUGAAGGGCCAAAACAAACUACUAUCAGCCUUCUCAUCUUUAAUUUUAUCAAUCAAGAGUGAGUUUGUCCAAUAAGUUCGAGCUGUCAUACACUUCUAUCAAACUAAUGCCCACUCAUUUUUUAGUAACUUUAAAAAGUUUAGCAGCACUUGAAUUACAACCUGAGAUUUAAUGGUGGGAAUUGCAGAGAAAUUAUACGAUAUGAUAUGAUCCAAUAUGAUACGAUACAAUAUGAUAGAUAUGACACGAUACAAUACGACACGAUCGAUACAUUAUGAUACGAAACGAUACAAUAUGAUAUGAUACGAUAUGAUAGAUAUGAAACCAUACAACAUGAUACGAUAUGAUAUGAUCGAUAUGAUACAAUACAAUACAAUACAAUACGAUAUAAUAGAUAUGAUACAAUAUGAUAUGAUACAAUACGGAACAAUACGACACAAUACAAUAUGAUAUGAUACGUUAUGAUAUGAUACGAUACAGUAAAAUACGACAUGAUACAAUAUGAUAAGAUACAAUAUGAUAGAUAUGAUUCGAUACAAUACAAUAUGAUAUGAUACGUUACGAUAUCAUAUGAUAUGAUUGAUAUGAUACGAUACAGUACAAUAUGAUACAAUACAAUAUGAAACGAUACGUUACUGUAUGAUAUGAUAGAUCUGAUACGAUAUGAUACAAUACGACAUGAUACAAUCUGAUAUGAUAGAUAUGAUACGAUACAAUACAAUAUGAUAGAUAUGAUACAAUCCGAUACAAUACAACAUGAUACAAUCUGAUAUGAUAGAUAUGAUACGAUACAAUACAAUACAACACGAUUCAAUACUUCAUGACGUAAGCAGUUUAGUGCAGGACUAAUGCCAGAAGCAAAACCUUGAAAGGUCCUGAAUGAUGACCUGGCAAGUCAAACAGGAAGUGCAUUUUAGUGAAUGUCUUUAUUUUACACAAAAUGUAUAACAAUUGCAGCAGAGCAUAAGUAUUUCGUCUCACAUCCUACUGAGGGCCUCAACUGAAGAGCAUUAGGGGAUUUUUCUCGAACAUUACAUUGUUUUAAUCAGAAUUCAAACUGGUUUAAAUUUUCAGGUCCAUUUCUCUUUAUGACUGGUAGAUAGCUCAGCUCCUAGUAAAAACCCAGCAAACAAUGGCCAGUGAACAGAGUCCUAAAUUAAAAACAAGCUGAGCACCAACAAAGUUACUAACAGCUGUGCGAUCCUGCGUCAGGAGACAAAAAAGCCUCAGAGAAACACAGAUUUCUUUUUAUUAGAAACCUCCGAAUUCAGUGUUUUUUACUGUUUUUAAUCACCACUUCUGUUUGUUGUAAAGAGAAUUAGACCCGCGGGGAUAAUUUGGCUUCCUGUAAUAACCUCGUGAACGAUGAACACUCAUAAUCAUUAUUAAACUAACUUCUGCUUGCCUCCUUCAUUGAACGGGGAACAAGGUCACAUCUAUAAAGAAGAAAAUUAAAGCGCAGAUUUUUUAUUUUUUUUGCAGUCUGACUCACAGUCCUCUGUUCAGACUGAUGUUUUGAAUCGUUGGCUGAAAGUGGGCAGCCCUGAUACAAAAUGUUCAAACCAAACACUCUGAGUUUUAAAAGAAGUGAUCUGCUGCAGGGCUGUCACAUUGACCGGUUACAGUCUUGUGAACUGAAAGCUUUUCAAAGGAUGGUACAGAGUGGGAGGCUGCCCACAGACCUUGAGACAUCCAACUUUUUUGCUUCUGGGCUCCUCUUGGUUGUUUGUGCAAAGCUUUUAAAGAACAGAUGUUGAUGUUGCCCUCUAUUAGGGCUGCCUGGUAAACUUGCAUCUCUGCACCUCAUCACACCCCUGCUCAUAAAUCCAAGAGAAACAUCGAUGCAGGGAAUUUAAAGUUGCAGCAAAAUGAAGAAGAAUAAGACUAAAUGUCCCCUAAGAAACCAAGCACGCCACAGAUUUAUGAAUCUUAUUAAAAUAAGAUGAUGAAAGAGACUCGCUCAAAACUGGGAUGUCUUAAUUUCAUCUCUUAAGACAGAUAAAUCAAAUAUUGAUUUUCUCUACUAGAUAGUUCAACAAAUUCCAACUUUUAUUAGAUUUCUUACAUAAAGACACGCCGAAGCUCAGCUGCAUACAUGUAAGCAUGCUCUCCCACUCUAACACACACUUGCACACUCUCACACACAAGCACACGCACACACUUGUGUACUCACACUCAGAAGUUUGCCUGCUGGCCAUAAACACCUCAGAUUCACACCUUCUUUUCUCAUGCUAUCUCGGUCUCCCACCUAAACGUGUUGCCCAGCUUAUCUCAUCUGAGCCCGGGGCUGUUAUUACUCCUGGUCCCAUGACUUAUAAAUGUGGCGCAGACACACAUACGCAUGCACUGGAGGCAUGCUGGUAGACCGGCAGGCUCCCAUGAAUUCAAAUCAGUGUGCAAUCAGUGCCACUGUAGUGUAACACAACAGCUCCAGAGAGUACUCAGCGAUACAGUGGUCUCUCAUUAUGGAGCAGACUGCUUCUUUAGUGUGUGGAGAUCAGAGCCAGAUCAGGGAACUUAAACGACACAAUUGCUGCGUUAACAUGGGCACAAAGAAUCAGAAUAAAUGCCCGAUUCGGAAUAAAAAUGCGUCAUGGAAACAUGUUGAUCGGAAGAUUCUGAUCCAAUUCGGCUCAAUCGGAAAGAAAUUAUAUUCUGAUAGAGGGGGUGGUUUAUAGGGCCCAACCGAUUUAAUAGCGAGCCGAUUAAAUCAGCCAAUUUUAGCCCGUUUGAGACUAAUCGGUAAUUGGCCAAAACUUGCCAAUUGUCGCCGAUAUUUUCAGAAAUAAAAAGUUUAAAACACUUUUCUGGUCUGAGUUUGAUUCAUGAUAAAUACUUGGAAUAUUACUGAGAUGAUCAGUCAGUCUUCCUGUCGUUGUUAGGAGCAGUAGCCAACAGUAUAUCUACAGUGUAUACUAUACUGUGGAUAUCUACAGUAUAUAUAUAUAUUUUUUAUAACUUUGUCAAAAAAAUUAAAAAUUGGCUGAUUAAUCGGUAAUCGAAUUUUUCCCCCCCUUAUACUCGGUAUCUGCAUCAGCCCCAAAAAAUCCAUAUCAUUCAGGCCCUAGUGGUUUAUGUGGAUCGUUAUUCUGAAACGCAUCCAUGUAAACAUUUAUUCCAAUUGUCACUCUCUAACUCUCUUAUUGAAGCCAGUACACGAGGUUUCAUUAUCAACACAAGUGCAAAUGCUGUGUCUGCUCCUCCGAUAACAUAACAAGGCGUACAUACAAUGUAAUAAUGUCAUAUCUGCACACACAGCGCAACCUUUGACAGAACAGUAAAAUAAGUAAGCAAGGGCGCCAUCUAGUGAUAACAUUUAACUGGGGGAAACUCCUGAAUUGGAUGGAGUGAGCCACUACCACGUUUGUUGGUUUGUUGACAGCACAGGCGUAAGUACAGCUCUUCUUCUGCGGUUGUUUUAAGUGAAAUCAGACAACUCUGCGAAUGUCCAAAUGCUUCUAAUCUGAGUAAAACUUGGCGCACGUCAUGAUUGGAUUAUUUGAUUUUGCACCAACAUAAACAGUGGAUUCAGAUUAUCUGAUCCCUCAAAUUUUUACUCAGAUCAAGAAAUUCUGCAAGGACAGGACAGGAUGUCAGGCUCAGGCUGUCUCUAAUGAUGACUGUUUUAUGACUGGCUCAAGUUAAACUCUUGUUUUUUCUCAUUUAUGUCGUUAUGAGAUGAAGUUGACUCAAAUUAAAGAUAGGCAAAUAUCUCCUUCGAUUGUAAACUUCUUUUCUACACGCAGGUUCGUAUGUUGGCGGACCUGAGCUUGGUCGGCUGCUACAACAUGUCCACAGUCCCCGAGAAGAAGAGGGCUCAGCUCCUCCUGGAGUCGGCCAAGAAGAACCUUCGAGACAUGGCCUUCUUUGGUCUGACAGAGUACCAGAGGAAAACCCAGUUUCUGUUUGAACGGACCUUCAGGUUACGCUUCAUCAGGCCUUUCAUGCAGUACAACAGCACCCGAGCUGCGGGGGUGGACCUGGACAACGCCACGGUCAGUGAUGCUACAAUUUUGUUUUGUUUUUUGUAGACCUCAUUGGAAAAACUGCACUUAUAAUAAUACUUCUAUGUAAAUAAGAUAGUCUGGUGUAUUAUUCUUGAGGAACAUAGUCGUAUUUACCCAGAUAAACUUUUUUACAACCAGCAUCACUCUCAGAAAUUGACACAGCAGCCGUAACACAUUCGGUAAAGAGAGAGGAAAAUAAAUCUUUUAAAAGAAUUGAAAAAUAAUCGUAUAGAAGUAUUCAGGGGGAAAAAAAAGGAGACAGAGUGAAAACACAGCGCUCUAUCAUUGCUGUGAAAUGAGUUGGGAUGACUGUGGCUGCUGAGAAAUAGCAGCUUCAAACAUGCUCUUCACACUUUGAUUGGUCCAGUGUGGGAGUUCUUAGGCUCAAUUUUCCCAGCGAAAAAAUAUCCUCCAGUACGCAGAAGACUGGUGAUUUAUACAUCAAAACCAGUCGGCAGGAGAGAAAAUAGAAUAUGCCCCGCUGACAGAGUCCGGGGAAAGUUUGGCCGUUGGUUAUUAUCAUGCAUAAAAUAUCGAGAAAAUGUUGUCUUUUAAAGGUUUGCAGAAGGAGACAGGCUGUAUGUGGCAUUUUCAGACAAAAUUAGCUUGUGAAAUUAGCUUCAUAUUAACUACCUCCAAAGGCACUGUGGGAAACUGUGACCUUAUUUAAUUACUCCAAAAAGUCAAAUAAUUGCAGCGGGAGAUUAGAGGAAUAUUUACUUAACACUCUCCUGCAAAGCUGCUGAAAACCUGCUAAUGGAUCCCAGAUUGUCACUUCUGGACGGGAAUGAGUUUCUAAAGUAUAAAACAUCCCGUCUCUGAUUCAUAAAGUCUUUGUUUUGACAACAUGAGCUCAGCGACGUCUUCCUGGCUCUGCGCCGGUGUCCCCCCGUGCUGCCGAUGAAACAUUUUCUAAUUCUCCACCACCGAUGCGGCACGUUGGUUCCCUCUGUUGUUACACGCAUCGCCCACAAAUUAUACCCGGCAAGCCAUUGCAAGAUUUCAAAGGGAUUCUCUUAAUUAAACUCAUUUCCCCCCCCAUGUUAAAUUCACACACAGCAGAUGAUACACGCCAAUACAGCCAGCUGCACCGCACAACCGAACAUCAAACACGUUUCUGUUAUCUUGCUCUACAUAUUGCCAACACACAUUUUUUCUUUGUUCCUCGCUCCAUUUAAAGCUUUGUACUAAUUUUAUGUAAUGGAGCAUUUCCACAUUCAGAUAAGAAAAAGUUCCUGCUCCCAGGGUACCACUGCCUUUAUCGUAGUGUGUUUAGUUAAUACCUGUAACUAUUCCUCACUUCUUUGUCCGCCUUUUCUUGUUCAGGUCCAGCGCAUCGAGGAGCUAAACGAGCUGGAUAUGGAGCUCUACGAUUACGCCCGGGACCUGUUCCAGCAGCGCUACCAGUACACCCGCCAACAGGAGAGGCGGCAGCAGCGCAUCAAGAACCACCUGCAGCAGAGCCACCAGGGCCUGGGCCUGGGCGUCAACCUGUGGCCUUCGCACGGCCGUCAGAGCGCCGUGUCCGCACUGGAGGACGGGGACGGGGAGAGGGAGGAGCGGGAGGAGGGCGAAGAGGGAGGCAGAACGGAGGAGGCGGGCAGCAGACUCCCAACUGAGGACUACAUGAACCAGAUCAUCAACCGCUGGUAGCAGCAGCAGAAGGAGAACAAACACCCAGACAUGCAUAUGUAAUGUGAAACACACACAGACACAGACACACAUACGGAGAGCGAGGCCUGCGUCAAAGACCCAAAUGACUGACAGCAGACUGGGCCGCAGGAAUGACCAAGUCCAAACAGUUGCUAUGGAGACCUGGCACGGUCAAUUGCAUCAGCUUACAUAAUUGGGGUUUGCUCGGUUGUUAUUAGCACCCGCUUGCCCUCCCCUCUCUCCUCUCUGAGUUCCCCUCAGAUCAUCUUCACAGACUGAGCAGAGAGAUAUUUUUCUGAGCAUCCUUCCCUCUCUCACCUGCCUCUCUCUCCCUCCUCCCCCCUUCUCCUCCUCCUGUAUUCCUUUUCGUUCUCUGUGGCCUAGUAUGGAGCAUGAGAAAAUAAAAUUAAGUCUGUGAAUCCCCCACUAAUCUUUGCUAGAGGACCAGUCUACUUCCUGGAUGCUCCAGUUUCAAAGGAGCAGGGAAAGCUAUAAAAGUAUGCUAACGGCUGAGCUGAACAAAGAGAAGAGGGGGAGAAAACAGGAGACUGAACCUGACUGAGAGGAGGAGAUGGAGAAGAGCCGGACUCAGUCGUGUAAUAAAGCUUUCUGCUUCAAGAGAAAUCAGCCAUUUCACCCAUAGACACGCUCUUGUCAUGAAGGCGUGACGGUGUCGCUCUCAUUUUAUGAUUUGAUUUGUAUUUUCCUUUUGUGUUGAUGCUUUUUUGAAAGCAGAAUUGUAAUAACACUGAGACCAAUAUUGCUGCCUAAAAGAAAAUGAUUCCUUUAAUUUUGUUUUAUGUUUGUUUUAUUAAGUCAACGCUGAUGGAUGGGAUUGACGUACAAUGGACCAUAGCCAUUACUGAAGCCUUGCAUCUUGAAAGGGGGGGAUAAAAGUGACCUGUUUCUCUGUUCAAGGUUUCCAAAGCUCCUGUCGCUCAUUAUCCUUCCUUUUCUUUCCUCUCUUUCUUUGCAUCCCGGUCCCGCAGACAAAAAAAAAAAAAAAACGCCAAUUAGGGAGCAGCAGCAUCGCAUAGGUGUUGAGGAAUCAAAGGCAGGAAGGGGAGUGAGUCUGCUGCAGGUUGUUGCCAGGAACCUCGCAGUGUGUGAGUGAGCGGCGGGCGCUUUGGAAGCCUUCAGUCAGAAAAAUUCUCUAAGGGAGUGAUUGGGAACUGCCGGUCACCAUAGCAGUGCGGGUCCUUAAUGUGGUGGGAGGUAUUUUCGGAGUCUUUGUUUUAUUUGUUGACGUUUUGUCCAACCAGGAGCUGGCGUUCUCUUAACAAGCCUCCUGUUGAAAAGCGGCCCCACUGCAGCGGUGACCAGCGGUUCAUUAACGUGAGCAGUUUUACCCUGAAGACCGCACAGGGCGAGGUAGCAGUGCCUCUACGUUCUGGGAUCAUAGCUAACAUAACUAUUGCCAGAUACUACAUCAAAACCCGGUGAAUUCUCUGACUACUCAUGUGCGUGUGUGUGCGAGAAUGAGCGUGUGUGUAAAUAGUAUGUACAGUAUGCCUUUGAUCGGCAUAUGUGUAUGCCUUUGUAAAUAGUGCGCCUGAUCGAGAGAGUGAGGAUUUGGCGAAUGACUGAUUCCAUGACCAAUAAUUUUACAUCAUUUAGGGGAAACCAAGCCCCUCCCACAGCAUGUCACAGCCGUGUGACCACCAUAGUGAUGCAAGCUAAUAAUUCUCCCCUCUGCAAUUUUCUUUUACCUUUUCUUCUCCCUCUUUUCUUGUCUCCUUCCCGUAAACAUGAGGACCAUAUAUAUAUACGAUUAUUUAAAAUAUAAGUUCUUGUUUCGUAGAUCUCUGCUGGUGACACGUCUGCGCUGUGAGGAGGGAAUCAACUGCGCCAAAUUCUAGUACCCAUUCAUGAAUUUCUUGUGUGUAUUUAAAGAUGAAAUAUUGUAGCUUAUCUACAUUUGAAACCUUAAGAUUUUUAAAAAGAUGGUUUAUUUACCCAUUUGUCACAAAACCAAGCAGCAAUUGCCUUUAAUGAAAUAAUUCUAAGUGCAAGAAACUGCAAUACCCAGAGUGACCACUAGAGGGAUGGCUCUAAAACCCAUGAAUUUCCAUUUACGCCCAUGGUAAAAGACCCGUUUUUACAGCGAAUGUUUACAGCCUGUUUUAAAAGAAAAAAACAGUUUAAGUCUUAAAAGUUGAUUUCUUUUUCACAUAAGUCGUCAGUUUCAAAGUUAUCAAGACUGAGAGUUAUGCCUAGAUAAGUUGAGUGUUUGCAAAGGAGGUUUAAAGCUCUUUUCAGCUUCACCCCUUUGUCCGUGUCUGGACUCGCCAGAGGAGUCAUUUCCAACAUGGCCGCCACUAUUGUUUUGCUUGAAAGCCCCUUUACAGAAACUAAUGAGUAACAUCCUUGAGACGAAGUCCCUGAUUAAUACAGUAAAUGGCCAAAACAAACCCCCUUCAUGUGAAAAUGACCGACAUUUUGCCUCCUAGUCAUAACAUCGGUGCGCAUUAUUCUAGGUUUAGUCGGACUGUGCCUCCUUCGCAAACUUAAAAGAAAAAUCAAAACAUCUUUUCUUUUUUUUGCCUGAGCUACCCUGCAGCUGCAUGUUUCUUCAAAGUGGAGUGUUUGUGACCUCUCAGGUGUCAGCUGUCUGGUCAGGGAAGAUAAAUGUUAACCCUGGGCAAGUUUAACAAAAAUCCAGCUCACGGUUUAGGACGUCCACUAGAAACAGUGAGGAGAGGAGAUCUGUGGAAACAGCUGAUCUUUGGGUGCGACAUGUUUUUGGAGAACAGGAUGUUUCAACACUACACAGAAAAAAAAACACUUGGUGAAUUAAUGACUGAGUAACACGCAGAGUGCUGAGGUCUUGGAUGUUGCAAUGCUUCUUGCAGAUUAUAUAAAUUGAGUCCAGAUAUUGUAGAUUCUGUAACGGCAAAGUAAAACUUUGACAGCACCUCUUUGUGGUCAUAAAUAAUUUAUAAUGGAAAAGAAAAACACAUCUAAUACUUUGAUGGAUUAUAGAGGCUACUCCUUAUUGUGUUAAAUUCAGAAUCCACCCUAUUCAACCCUUUUUUAUACAUAUUUUAAGAUGAUCAUCGUGAUAAAUCUGUGUGAGGACUUCCAGACUUUUGCGAAACAUAAAAAUAUGCUGCCCUUGUUGCUUCACCGUGUCAGAUACAUAAAAUCAUUUCCAGAUGAUGUAGAUACAGUAUGUAGGCAUUACAAAACAAAAGUGUCUUUGAAUUUCAGCCCAUUUUAACAAUUUAAACCAAGAGAUAACAGAUCAAAAAGGAAUAAUGUGCCAUAAAAUGUGAUGAAAACCCUUUUUUUUUAAUGCACAGACAAUGAUAAGUAGGAAGGGGAAACAGACGUGUCACAGCGAGAUUUAAUCAAACCAAAUGUAGUCCAAGUUUGAUGUCAUCCUGGAGGCAGUGGGAGGUGCAAGCAUGCUUCUUUGGUGUUAAAAAUAUAUGUUUCAUGUUAAGUAUUGGUUUCCCAUUAAAAUCAGAAGGAAGGGAGAACAAACACUCUAUCCGCCCACCAGCCUCCUUGUAAAAUUUCCACUCAAUCACUUCAGAUCCUCCCAUGUCUGCUUUUUUGAUCGGCUUCUUUCAAAUCAGGGAUGAUUCAUGAAGGGGAAGGAGGGGAGAACAAGGAGGAGAUGAUGAAAGGUAUUGGGAUGCAUCCAGAGUCAAUAUGCUGCUUUUUGUGUAGCCUUCAAAGUAACGCAAAUGGAUAUGAGGAAGAGUGAUCUCCUUUUUUUUUUUUUUUUUUUUUUUUUUUUUUUUUUGUAUUAACUUCCCGUUCAUUGUACUCAUGAAACUGGAAGCUUGAAAACACUGCAGCUUCCAGGCAUUUUGCCCACAACCUCUUUUUUUUUUUUUUUUUCUUUUCCAAAAUCAGACUUGGAGCGUGUUUGGGCUCCAAACCAAUAUCUGGUUCAAUACGAAACUGAUUCUCUACCUUUGGGAGUGUUUUUUCUAUUUUCAGUGUUCCACUUUCAAGCAACCAUCAGUCCUCAAACAUGCUCCUGAGUGUGUGAGUGUGUGUGUGUGUGUGUGUGUGUGUGUGUGUGUGUGGAAGAAAACUCCUUUGGCUAAAAUGAUUCCAGGAAAUAAUGCUGUAAUGCUAUACUCAAAUAUUUUAUGUCUCAUCACUAUGUGUAUCUGAUGUCUUAACAGCGUUUCCUUUGUGACAAUGAAGCAGCCCAUGUGUCGCUAACACCAUCCUGUUGUUAUCUUUCUUUUGAAGAUGUGUUAAACAGAGUGCGAUAGAGACUAUUUUGUUUGUUUGUUUGAUAUUUUUUUUUAAAUUGGGGGGGUGUGCGGUUUGUCUCUGGCUCCUUCUGUAUGCAUCAUUCUGGGUUUGUUUCUUAUGAUUGCAAAAAUGAAUCAUCAAGCCACCAAUUAAAAUAUUUCAUUUUUACAGACCCGACUGUGUCCUGGUUGUCACUGCAUUUCAUUUCUGGUGUUUUUCACCGCUCUCUCGCUUAAUCAUCACCCAUGCAGGCGUUCGAAACAUCCUCCAGUUCAAACUACGUCCACAUUUUCACCUCAGAAACACUUAGCGAGCUUUUGACAACUUGCGCAGGAUGUUUUUUGCCCUCCAGGUUACCGCACCUCCAUCCACAGUCAGAUCCAUAAACAGGGGACAUUUCUACCACCAACCACGAGACCAUGACCCCAUAAAGCAGCCUCUGCCCCCCCUUCCCGCUCUUCUAAUGACAGCCUCAGCCCUGUCAACAGUGAUCUAUGGCCUAAUUCAAUCUGCAGACACUCAGGCCCUGCAUAACACGCGUACACGCACACAAAUAUGCUUCUUCCUCUGGCAGGUGGGCGUUCUGAAUCUGCAGGCCGGUAUAAAUAUCAUUCCCUGUCCUUGGCUCAUCAUGCAAAGGAGAGGGAGCAGAGCACAGACUUCUGCCCUCGUCUUUCAUGAGCGGUCUCUUGAUUUUUACCUUUGACCCCUGCAGGCCGUGUAGAAAAUAAUUUGCCCGGACAGCGACAGGCAGAGACGAUCGGCUGGAGGGGGGAUCAGAGCGGGGCUGAAAGAGCCAGCGAAGGCGAGUGUAAAAGAGAUGAGGAAUCAGAGGGAGCUUUUCAUGUAAGACUGGAGGACAGAGAGGAUGUUUUUGUGCCUGACAUAUGAACAGAGAAUAAAAGAGGGAGCUGUGCAGCCUCUCUGGCAGCUGCUACAUGCUGUAUUGGACUAAA